UGUGAAAUAAUGAAUUAAAUUUUUUGGUUGGUCUCUCUAUGUUGCUGUACAUGGAAUUACCUUUUACACAGAUCACAUUCCAUUUGUAAACAAGAAUGAAACCCAAUAAACCGGAAAAUGGCAAAACAAAUUUGCUUUAAUAAAAAAUUAAAUGCUGGAGGUUUAUGAUGAUCUGAUUCUGAAUGCAGAAGUAUGGCACCCCCUGUGGUGGAUGAGACAGCAGGGGACCUCCCUGUUAGAGAUUUUGGGACGUCAAGGAGGGGAUUGAUACCAAUUGUCCAAGGUUUGUGUUUCUGCUUUUAUUCAUUUCAUAUCAUGAUUGCAAUGUGGGGUUGUACCUUGUUCAGUAACAGUAGUAGUAGUAGUAGUGGUCGUAGUAGUAGUAGUAAAGUGGAAAUGUCCAUAGUCUUAUAUCUUACUGUUUAUUGUAUGGAACUGUUUAAUUUAUCUGAAGUUUUAUAAUGUCUUUAUUCUUUUUUUUUUCCUGUACAUACUGUUGCUGCUGAAAUUUUUUAUGUCCUUUAGGGAUCAUUUUCAAAAGGGUCAAUAAAGUUCUAUCUAUUCUACCUAUAUUUGUAAUGGAAGUACUGAAUGAAAAAUGUUAAAUCUUUACGUAUACUCUUACCUUUAGUAAAUGUAGAUUUUUUUCAAAUGAUUAAAGAGAUAGAUUUUGAGACAAUUUUGGACUCAACAGCCUUUAAGUAAAUUUUGCCUUCUGAAAUGUCCUUAAAGUUAUGUCUGUUCAUUUAAGUCCCGUUAACAACUAAAUCUUCCAAUUAAAUAUCCUAUUCUUGUUUUUCCUAGAUACUCAACAUGAUUCAAAGCCAUGGAAAAAGCAGCAUGUUUUGAAGACAAAAGGUAAAACCCCUUGAUAACAUUAAUUUCUUGGGUUGCCAUUAUAUAUUUAUUAGUCUUUAAAUCUAAUCUAUACCAAAGCAUCAUAUUUGUUGACUUGUAAAAUAUUCUGUUUUUUCUCCUUGGUAGAUGCUCAGCGCCUGUGUCGGUUCCCCAGAGAGUACCUGGAAGAACUAUGUCUCCGACUACAAGAGGAAAACCGUGUACUGAGACAACAUUCACAUACACAAGAGCAAAACCUACGCAGGUAGGAUAUGAAACCUAAACUUAAAUAUACCCCAAUGGUCACACCUAACCACAGACAUUGUAGCACCAGUGUAGGUUACUUCAUCAAUCUGAUUUAAUCCUCCUCCUUCCUGAUACAGAAUGUCCACCAGACUGAUGCGUCUUCAUCAGGCACAACCUAUGUCUAGUGGUGUCAAGGAGAGGGACAUGGGGGACACCAUACAGGAGUUGGAAGCCCAUGUGGCUAUGUUGGAAAGUCAGAUAGGGGUUUUACAGAACAAACUGAGCCUGGCCAAGCAGCACAUUUUGGACCUUGUGGGACGCACACCAUACAAAUUCAGUAAAGGUGUGUGUGCUGUGCAAAAAAUAAAAAAUAUAAAUACAUAAAAAUAACACAAUACACUAAGACAGACCAGAGUCCUGCUUUCCCUUAUUUUUUUCUCUGACUUUCUGCCAUUUCGAUUUUUCCCCCCUGAAAGUUAAAAACAGGGAAGUUAAUGAUGGAGUCAGGAUAGCACCUCAGACUGCCCCACCAUACUAUUAUGAAAUGAUGGAGGAGACAAAAAUGGAGAUGGAGAGAUUGUAAGUAUGCAACUGCAUAACAAAAAGAAAACAGAAAUAUGAACAUUUAGAAGCAUCUCAUACUUUUUGUGUAAGAAAAAGCUUUACAAUAUGCCUUUUGUUCAUUGACCUAAACAGAUUAUUUUUGUUUAGUUGUAUAGGAAUAAUUGUAAAGAAUACAAAAGCUCUGUAGUUUUCUCAUAUCAGCUCUGUCUUCUUUCUUUUGUUUACUUUUGAAAACUUGAGACUUAUUCUAUCUUAAAUAUAAGUUCAAAAUGCACUUGUCUGGUUUGUAUUAAUAUGAGAUUUAACGCAGGGAAUCAUAAUCUGUAACUUUCCAAUCUUAGAAUAUAAAUAAAUCACAUUGAGAGGCUGUGUGAUAAAAGAAAGGUUUUUGUUCAGUUCUUUUUGUCAACUUUUUUUUGCCAACAUUUGCAUUUGCUCUAGUUCACCUUCUUUCAACUACAUUCUUUCUCCCUAUUACACCUUGACUUGUAAAAUCCCAUUUACUCUGACCUUACUCUAUCCUAUCAUAUCUUUUCAUUUUAGCAGGUCCAGCAUGGCAGAGCAAGUGAGGGCUACCAAGCAAGAGCUGACUGCCCAGGCACUCAAAGAAACAUUUGAAGAAAAGGAAAAAGAGAUUGCAGAAACCGUGAAAGACAAGAGAAAGCAACAUACUGAAAAACACAGGUGGCUGCAGCAGCAAUGUAACUGCUUAUAAAACUAAUAAUGGACGAGUGCCUUUUUGUGUAAUUAGCUCUCUCUUUUUUGACCAGAAACAAUAUCCAAAAAUCAAUGAUCUGUAAUUUGUCUUUGUUCCUGAUAGGAUAACCAUAAAAGGGAGCAUUGAUCUGAUCCAUUUACAAAAGCAGGUUUCAGACAAGAGUACAGCCUUAAGGGCCACCCAGGAGAAGUUGAAUAACCUGAAAGAGGUGAGGUGAAAUAGAUUUAUUUGUCCUAUUUUGGGCUGUCAAAUGAUACUUUUUAGUGCAAUCAAUUUCAGAUAAUCUUUUAAUUAAACCCAUGUGAGCACUUCAUACUAUUUCUGUGUUGUAGUUUUAUAAUGAAGAAGGAAAACCUCUAUUGUCAAAAAUACUCAUCUGCAUUGGGACUGAGCAUCAGUAUGGAGUUCUGCCUGGUAGAGACUGCUUUGAUUGGAGUCUGUAGCUGUUGCCCAUUCUCAGAUUGUACUUAUCAAUGUUCUGCUGCAUUUACUGUGCUAUGCUUAAAGUAUGCAUUGCAUUUUUCCAUUGCUGUGCAACUUCAUAGAGGUAAGGGGCACAUAUUUUUGCAUAAUGCCAUAGACUGUAUAUAGAAUGGACAGCGUCUGCCUACUUGCUGAGUGCAGCCACUCUGAGAACAGCAUCCUCUGUUGACGGGCUGCAGUAUAGGUCAUAAAUCCCCCCUCCGCCAGCAAAGCUGAUGGAGUUGCUUGCGGUGUUACAGUAGUAGUUACAGUAUAGUAGUUACAGUAAGACUGGUUUGUGCUCAAGUCCUCUUUUUUCUGUGAACCUCCAUUUUUAAAAGUUAUAAGGGGUUUAAGGUUUCUAGAACUGACACUUGAUACAGCCUAUGGGCGUUCUAAGAUUGUGUAGCUCACCCGGGGGGGAUACGCUGUUUGAGCCGAGCGUCAUCACAGCAACUCUCAGCGACUCUCCCGCUGAAUGCCUACAACGCUACUGCGCAAUGCUGGUUUCAGGAAAUUAAGAAAAGUCGCGGAAAUCCCAAGAGCUUUUUGGCUUCAAAUCCGUAUACUGGCGGGAGGCGGUCCCAAGUUGUCCAUAGUAUAUAUAGUCUAUGAUAGUGCCGUUCUUCUUCUGCUUAAACUUUUCAAGCAAAGAAGUGAAAUGUCUAAUCAGUGUGAAUAUGGUGCGCCGUUAUUCUGAGAUAAUUUUGAUUACUCAUUAAUGUAUUAUGAUCCCAAAUUAGUGCAACAACACUUCCACUUUUGGGAGUCACUGUUUAGUUGCUUUCUCUGUUUUACAUAAGUCCUGCUUGCUUGAAACGACUGUCCCCUGUGACUGUGAGACAAAUGACCAGAAAUAUCAUUUUAAUCUGAGUUAGCAUGGCCUGAAUCUUUCAUAAUGUUGAUGGGUGUGCAAUCAGUUCCCACCCUCUUAUCGACACUUCAGUUAAAUUCUUUGAUAUAGACUUGUCAACAAGUCUUAGGUAAAUUACACACUACAGAAAGAUGCUCUGCCAGUUGCCUGUGUGACAUGGUUGCCCACUAACAUCAGUCUAAUUAACCACUUAGUGUCAAGUGGUAACUUGGAGUGCCAAAAUGUUUUUUGGCACUAAAAUGUUUUUUGAUGGGUGGAUUGAACUGCUCAAAAGUCUGCUAUUUGUGUUGUUAGUUUCAAUCACAUCUGCAGCAGAAAGUAUACAGUACUGCUGAUGAAUGGUGCCGUGACAAAGAUUUCUUUUGUUUUUUACUUUAGGGCAAGUAGCAACAAGUGAUUCAAGAAAAUAUUACCCCUAUUUUGCUGCAGAGUUACCAAAAAAAAACCAAAUCAAUUAUUUACCUGUAUCAUCACAAUUAACAUUGAUGGCCCUAAUGCAAAAAAUGAAUUUAUGUAUGAAAGUGUAAAACAAACAAAUUAAGCAGGUGUACGUCAUAUCAUUCCUAUCUACUUAGAUUUACUUAUCUAUCUAUCUAUCUAUCUAUCUAUCUAUCUAUCUAUCUAUCUAUCUAUCUAUCUAUCUAUCUAUCUAUCUAUUUCUUGCAGGCUUAUGAGAAUCAACUUCAGGAGGUAUGUUUUUAUUUCUGUUCUAUUUUUUCACUCAUAAACGCACAAUUUGUGUGUGUGGGUGUGUAUGGUGUGUGUGUGUGUGUGUGUGUGUAUAAUAGCAUGACAAACAAUUGUUUAUUGAAGACAUGCCUUCUCUGAGGAAUUUUCAGUUGCACAGCCAAUGAUAUGAAUAAAUACAAAUUUUAAAGGGGGCGUAUUAUGCUUUUUCACAUUGACAAAAAAAAAAAAAAAAAAGCAAAGUUACAAAGUUUUGUGUCUAUUCUACAUGUACAGUACAGGCCAAAAGUUUGGACACACUUUCUCAUUCAAUGUCUUUUCUUUUUUUUUUAUAUGACUAUUUACAUUGUAGAUUGUCACUGAAGGCAUUAAAACUAUGAAUGAACACAUGUAGAAUUUUGUACUUAUAAAAAAAGUGUGAAAUAACCGAAAACAUGUUUUAUAUUCUAGUUUCUUUAAAAUAGCCACCCUUUGCUCUUGAUGACAGAAGUACCUUGUCAGGGUUACUUCAGGCACUCCUGUGAAGUAAAAACCAUUUCAGGUGACUACCUCAUGAAGCUCAUUGAGAGAACAGCUAAAGUUUGCAGCGCUAUCAAAAAAGCAAAGGGUGGCUACUUUGAGAAAUCUAAAAUAUAAUACAUGUUUUCAGUUAUUUCACACUUUUUUCUUAAGCACAUGAUUCCACAUGUGUUCAUUCAUAGUUUUGAGAAUCUACAAUUUAAAUAGUAAUGAAAACAAAGAAAAUGCAUUGAAUGAGAAGGUGUGUCCAAACUUUUGGCCUGUACUGUAUGCAGAGUUUUAAAUCACAAGGUAAACGUAUUUUUUCAUUAUCUGAGAAAGUACUUGAAAACCGGUCGAAUCUUGAUCAAAUGUGCAAAGAUGCAACUGUGGUUAGUGUGCGAGAUUUACUGAAGUCUGAUGUAAGAAUUAUAGACUCUCGUUACUAGUUCAUCUGAGCUCCAACAGCAUGUGAAGUGACACCCACAGCAGAGCGGGGAAACCAUGGACAUAAUAUACACAUUAAAGCCAAGAUCAGGGGUCAGCAACCCGCAGCUCCAGAGCCACAUGUGGCUCUUUUAUCCCUCUGCUGCAGCACUGUGUGGAUUUGGAAAAUAAAUAAUAAAUGUUUAAUUUAAAUUGAUUUUAUUUAAGUUAGUUAAUUUUUUUAAUGUUAUUUUAAAUUCCAGGAAUAUGAUGCUCUUCUAAUUUAAUAAACCAUGUUUUUACAUUUUUUUUGUCACUCAAAAUAUGCCUCAUUACUGCUGACUUGCGAAAACCUGCGUUAAGAAAAAGGUGACGUCAUACAGCCCUGAUCUGUGCGCUGAGGUUCAGGAGUAAAAGUCACAUUAAGCAAGUAAAUUUAAUAUUUAAAUCUGCUAUUAUUUUGCAAAUAUAUGUCUUACAUUGUUCAGUGAAAUAGUGUUUUUAUAAUUCAGAUUGACAGCUGACUGCACACUCCAGAACAGGACGCAUACUUUUGUUUCUAAUUACGGGAUGAUACCGUUUUUCAAGGGACAGUUGGCAAACCUUGGCUCUCCGACACUGAUGUCUUUCAGGGCAUGACAAAAGUUUGUAUCACAAUAAGCUUUCUUCCGAGCAUUGCAAACGACUGAUGCUGAAAAAAAAAACAAUAUAUGUAGUGUUAUCUUCAUUUUAGUUGUCAAAGGGGUUUUGUGGCUCCCUUUGUUUUCUUUUCUGUGGGAAAUUGGUCCAAAUGACUUGAGUGUUUGAGGUUGCCACCCCCUGCCCAAGAUAUAUGAUGUAUAUGGGGGUAACUGCUCUACUGCUCAGCUGAUCAACCACAAUAGAGGGAGCAGAGCCAAAACACCGAGCUCUGCCCUCAGCCAGCUCCUGGAAAGCCUCUGGAGAGAUCAGAAGAAAGUGGGCUUGUUGAAGGGUUAAAGAGACAGCAGCUAAAACAAAUUCUAAUACACCACUGUGAGAAAUUUUAGGAUAAAGAGGUAUCAGAAAGGACAUAUAGAGUCUGAAAAAAAUGCAUACCCCCCCGACAUAAUUAGAUAUGGAUGAUAACAUAGCAUUUACUUUUCAAGCUGAUGGCUAAGCACAAGUCUUCAAUGAGUGAAGUGUUGUGGAAAAAAUUCAUUUUAAUUACUUUGUAUAAUGACAAACAUCUGCAUUGCAUCUGCAUAAAACAUGGAGAGGUAAUGAACAGGCUGUUAACCAGCUGUGUUAGCCUGGCGUUUUUUGUACCACUGACUGUACCAACAAACAGUACAUUAGGAUAUCAAUGUCAUUUUGUGGGACAUGGAGACAGCAGUCCUUAAUCGUGCAGUAUUUUACACUCCCAGCAUUAAUUGUAAAGACAACUUGGCCACAGUUUUUCCUUUCUGUGUUUGGUGCUUGAGCAAGUAAAUUUGCUAGUUGUUGACAUCUUCGAUGCAUUUUAAGCUCAAACAGAUGUCUUCUUCCAUACCCUCAUCCUCUUAAUUACUGGUAUGUGUUGGGUCUGGGAGACUAAGCAAUGGUGUGUGUGUGUGUGUGUGUGUGUGUGUGUGUGUGUGUGUGUGUGUGUGUGUGUGUGUGUGUGUGUGUGUGUGUGUGUUUUGAUUCACCAUAGAGUCAGAGAUCACUGAGAAAAAGUCAUGUAGCUCUGCUGGAGAAAGUGGAGGAAUUGGCAGAGCAGCUGAAACAGGAGAAAGAGAGAACACUAGCACUAGAAAGUGAAAGCACCACUUCCACUCUGUCUCUAAUGACCAUUAACAAGGUAUGCACUUUAUAAACAUCUAGUCCAAGAAAGACAAGAAUCACUGUUUAUGAUAAGGCUUUAAAAUUCUUUCUCCCACAGCUACAGGAGAAAAUAACCGAUCUAGAGGGAGAGAGGAAUUUGAUAAAAGAAAACUAUGACACUCUACUGGAGAGGUAAGAUUCUGGUUCUGUCAGGUGUAAAGCAGUCUCUGUUCAAUGCAAGUUGCCUUGUAGAAAAUGUUUACUCUUCCUUUUCCUUUGCUAGUACUACAGCUGCUCAAAGACACCAUUAUGACCAGAUGGAAAAAUGUAAAGAGGUUGACCAGAUCAGGGGGUCAGAGGAAGAAAAAGUCAACAGGAGUAACUUCCAAAGGAUAGUGGAGAACCUGCAAGCGGAGAGGGAAGAAAAAGAGAGGUUGAGAUUGGAAAAGGAGAAUCUGAAAUGUGAGAAGGAGAUAUUGGAAGAACAAAGGGAGAGAGACAGAGGUAAGAAUUUGACCACAGUAACCAUUUGAUAAGAUAAGAAGAGAUAAGAAAAGCCUUUUUAUCCCAUGGUGGGGAAAUUUGCAGUGUUGCAGCAGCAAAAGAUCAGCGGAGCAACACAAUGUACAGACAACAUAAUAAAUAAAUAAAUAAAUAAAUAACAGCAGACCUAUACAAAAAAUUGUGUACAGAAAAUGAGAAAAAAGCAAACAACAACAAAAAAACUCAAAACAGUUCUAUACAGUGAGAAAUUAGAACUGGAUGUUAUUAUUGCACAUUAUUUGAGUUAUUUUAACAGAAAAAAUGUAAGUCUUUGGCAUUUGAACAAAAAUAUCUAGCCCGGGGGUCAAGAACCCGUGGUUCCAGGGUAUUCCUCUGCUGCAGCUCCCUGUGGAUUUGGAAAAUAAAUAAUAAAUAUUUAAUUUAAAUGAAUUUUAUUUUAGUUAAAUUCGAGCAUUAUGAUGCUCUUCUAACAUUAAAUAAACUGUGUUUUUAAAAUUUUUUUGUCACUCAAAAUAUGCCUCAUUACUGCUGACUUGCGAAAACCGAAAACCUGCAUUAAGAUAAAGGUGACGUCACACAGCCCCUGAGGUUCAGGAGUAAAAGUCACAUUAAGCGAGUAAAUUUAAUAUCUAAAUCUGCUGUUAUUUUGCAAAUAUUUGUCUUACAUUGUUCAGUGAAAUAGUGAUUUUUUUAUUCAGAUUGACAGCUGACUGCAUACUCCAGAACAGGACGCAUACUUUUGUUUCUAAUAAUGGGAUGAUACCGUUUUUCAAGGGACAGUUGGCGAACCGUCGCUAUUCAGCUCUCGGACACUGAUGUCUUUAGGGGCAUGAUAAAAGUUAGUAUCAUAUUUGUUCAUGAGGAUGUAUCAAUUUCCCACUUAUUUUUCUCAUGAUAUGUCCUGUAGCAUCAGAAAAAUGCCACAUUAAUAUGUAAUCAUCAAGAAAAAACAUGAUUUUUAUCAGGGUGGUUCUUUAAUGUUUGUUCAAAAUAUUUUUGUUUGCCUGCAGAAAUAAAAUGUUUUCUCAGGAGCAAGACAUUGAUUUCAUAUAUGCAACAUGCUGCAGUUUUUUACAUACUUUGCAUGAAGGAAAAAAAAAAAGAUAUAUGUAGUAUUAUCUUCAUUUUAGAUGUCAAAGGGGUUUUGUGGCUCCCUUUUUGUUUUCUGUGGGAAAAUGGUCCAAAUGGCUUUUGGAAUGUUUGAGGUUGCUGACCCCUGUUCUUGUCCAUCAAUAUUGCACAUAGCAUUGACUUACUGUCCUUUAGUUGUGCUAGACAAACCUGGAUUGCCGGGAGAAGGCCUGGUUAAGCAGUCUGACUGCAGUAGGAAGAACGGACUUGUGGUUUGUCUCUGUCACACACCACGGAUAAAGAACCCUUUCACUGAAGGAGCUGCACAGUGCUGCUACAGUGCUCUGCUACAUGCCCGGGGUGGGGCAUGGAGAAGGAAAUAGUUCCAGAGUCCUUCAACCAUAGACUGUAUAAAGGCUGAACGAUUAAUUAAUUGAAUUCAAACCAACAUUGCAGUGUAAUAGAAUGAGAUUUUCUAACUGCAAAGGCCGCGGUUUUGGCUUGUCACGUAAUCUGGUCACAUGAUGUGCGAGCAAGUGGAGCAAAGCAGCAGGCGGGUAGAGAAGUCAACUUUGCACACUGUUGCACUAUGGGCUUAUUGGGCUAAUGCUUGACAGAAGCUGAUACUGCAAAAAGUUUAGUACCACAGAGCAGCAGUUGUGUGGAUUUAUAUUGGCUAAAAAAGAUGCCGCUGGGCAGCAUGCUGUGCUGCUGUUGCUACAUCAGGAGGUAAAACUACGAACCCUUAUCAACUCUUAAAAAACACCACAAAGCCAUGUAAGAUGGUUAAAUGGCCAAAACAUCAGGGAUGAGUGCUUCAACUUUAAAUUGUGUCUGCAUAACGAUGGUCAACACAUCCAUUAUGGUGAUGGAAGCACAGCUGAAUGAAUAGACCAGACUCCAGUGUUUUGGUUACCGAUUACAUCUCGACAUCAGUAAGUAGAUUAGUAUCAUGAUGUAUAUGAGGGCGCAUACAUUUGUGUGCAUGGAAAACACGGAGAGGACAGGUCCUUUCCAACAGGUGAACAACAGCCAGGGAUCAAACAAUCAGAGAGUCGGGGGGGCAGACGAGAGUUCAGGAAACCAGUAGACAGGAGUCUCAUGGACAGGCAACUUGGUGUCAAGGAUGGAAGGCAAGGUUGAUUGCCAGGGAUCAGACGAGCAGACAGGGUCAGAGCAGAAACAGGUUGAAACCUUACAGUCAAUCUGAGGGCAAGGCGAGCAGGCAGGAACAGAAACAGACCAGGCCACCAACAGGGAGAUCAGUCCGGGAGAGAGUGCUAGAAGGGCUUGCAUAAUGCAAAGACAAUCAGGCAACUUGUGUGUGUGUGGAGUUGGAUCUUAAAUACCUGGGCUGAUGAUCAGAGAUGAGCUGCAGGUGUGGUGGAGAGCACAGGUGAUUGGAGUUUGGCUGAUGAGGUGGUAGUGGCAGUGGAGAAACACUGGUGCUGCGUCCAAGUAGUAGUCGAAGUAGUAUGUAGCAUGUCCGAAUUGGCUACGGGGGGAGUAGCAUGCUACUUUAGAUACUACUUCAGAUACUAGACACACCCACAUUGUAGUAUGGUCGCGGUGCAACCUACGGGCAUGCUACUGACCCAAAAUGCACCGCGGGCUUCUUCUAAGUCCUCUUAAAAGUUGUAGAAGCGCAUGUGAUGCUAGUGCCACCAGCUGCUGCCUAUUUAGAUGCAUCGGGAAUGCCAGCUGGCCACAGCAGCGCGCACCAUGGCGGAGCAGCAGCAGCAGGCAGGACCGCAGCAGUACAGAUGUAAGUCUCAUGUAACUUCACACACUGUCCUAACAAUGUACGGUUGUAUCUCUUUGUCAUGUCAUGGUGUCAUAUUUGCCCAAGUAAUCAUUUUAUGAGUAAAUAUGUGGCAACAUCAUGGAGGUAAAGCUCACUUAUUCCAUCAUUAAACUGCACAGCUGCAGUAAUCAGGCAGAUCUCAUUGAACAAACAAUCACCACGUGAGUAAAUGAAGGCUAAAAGUAAUGAAAAAGCUACUUUGUGAAUUUCUAAAGCAGUGCAGGAAUAUAAUACAGCAGCAUCCAUCACUUGCACAAUUACCAUUCAAAGAGUCUAAAACUGUCUGCACGGGCACAGUACCUACUCUCUGCCUGCGGGGGUCGUCUUUCCCCACCACUCGUCUAGUGUGUCCGAAUUGGGCCAACGUGUUUAGUAUGUAGGAGUAGGAUCUAGCAGUAGUAUGUAGUAUGCGAGCGGGCAAUUCAGACGCAGCAUGGGUGAGGAGCUGGAGAUGAUACAGGGAGGAGCAGUUGAGCAAAGUGAAGGAGAGCAGAGUACAGCAGGGGGAGAGCCGAGUGAAAGAGCAAGAAAGCAAAGUGAUCGCAAAAUGAUUAUCAUGGGCAAAGUGAGAUCAAUCCAAUAGAUAAGAUAGGAACAAUCAAUCAGCAUAGCAGGAGCCGCUCUAUCUUGGUUUAAGUCUCUGUAGCAGGAUGUGGCAGUCAAUCGCGCCAAAUGCAGCACUAAGAUCUAAGAGGACAAGAACAGAGAGAAAACCACAGUCUGAGGCCAUGAGUCUCAUCCUCAGCAGAGCGGUCUCCGUGCUGUGGUGGACUAAAUCCGGAGUGGAAAUCCUACAAUAAACUGUUAAGAAGAAAGUCACAAAGUAGAUCAACAACUUUCUCUAGGAUUUUAGAAAUAAAGGGAAGGUUGGUUAUUGGUCUGUUGUUUGCUAAGGUGCCUGAGUCAAGAGUAGGUUUUUUAAGGAGAGGUAUUAUCAACACAGUUUUAAAAGACUGGGGAACAUAUCCUGUUAGUAAAGACGUAUUGAUCAAGUUAAGAUGUACUAAUUAAAGGAAGAGCUUCCUUCAGCAGCUUAGAUGGAAUUGGUCUUACAGACACGUUAAUGAAUGGCUGCUAACACUACUGAAUUGAACUCUGGGAGGUCAAUAGGUGCAAAGUUACUAAGGUGCACCAGAGGCCUUGGGGGUUCUCCACAAUUUCAGGGUUAUCUAAGAUAAAAACAUCUGUUGAAGGCAAGAGAUUACUAAUUUUACCUCUUGUUUUUAAGAUUUUUUCAUUAAAGAAGCUCAAGAAGUCAUCACUGCUGAGGGCUAAAGGGAUACAUGGCUCAACGGUGCUCUGACCGUCCGUCAGCCUGGCUACAGUACUGAAGAGACACCUGGGGUUAUUCUUAUUUUCUUGAAUAAGGGAGGAGUAGUAAGUUGUUGCAAGGCCUUCCUAUAUUUAUUAAGACAGUCCCGCCAGAGAGUGUGAGCUUCAGCAUUAUACCACGGAGGCGUUGAACAGUUUUCUGUCGAAGAGGAGCAACUGAGUGAAGAAUGACACCCAAUGAGCCUGAGGUAUCAUCAAUGAACUGAUUAGGUUGCAAAGGACUUAUGCUCAAGUUUGAGCUAUCAGUUAAGUUAUUCUCAAGCACAGAGAUGGAAUUGCCUCCUUGAACUUAGAUACAGCACUUUCAGACAACCUUCGAUUUAGCACGGUUUUGUCAUGAGGAGAAUAGCCUGAUAGCACAAAUUCAAAAGUUACUAAGAAGUGAUUCAAUAAAAGGGAAUUUAAUGAGCUGACUGACAAGGUUUCAGCUUCAAGGCCAUAAGCCAGGACAAGAUCGAGGGUGUGGUUAAAACAGUGCGUAGGUCCAUGUACACACUGUGUUAACCCAUGUAGGUCUAACAAAGACAAGAAAGUAAUGCUUUGGCUAUCAUUUUCCACAUCCUCAUGAACAUUAAAGUCACCUACAACAAUGACCUUGCCUGCACUAAGGACUAGAUCAGAUAGAAACUCUGAGAAUUCUGGCAAAACCUCUUAGUAUGGGCUGGGAGGGCUAUAAACUGUAGCAAAUACUAAUGGUCUCAUGGUCUUUGAGGGGGGAUGUGGAUGACUGAGAACAAGACUUUCUAAAGAAUUUUAAUCCAGUUUUGGUCUAGGGCAGGGGUUGACAACCUCAAACACUCAAAGAGCCAUUUGGACCAAUUUCCCACAGAAAAGAAAACAAAGGGACCUACUAAACCCCUUUGACAUCUAAAAUGAAGAUAACACUACAGAUACCAUUUUUUCCUUCAUGCGAAGUAUAUAAAAAAAUACUGUGGUGUGUUGCAUUUACAAAAUCAAUGUCCUGCUGCAGAGAAAAUGAAAUUUUAAUUCUGCGGGCAAACAAAAAUAUUUUGGACAGUUUGAACUAACAUUAAAGACCCACUCUGAUGAAGAUCAUGUUUUUCUUGAUGUCUACAUGUUCACAUGGCAUUUUUCUGAUGCUACAGGACAUAUCAUGAGUAAAAUAAGUUCGAAAUUGCAUUUUUUUUUAGUAUUUCAGCAUUCAAAUCUCUGUGAAUCUGUGAAUCUCUGGCAGACCCAAAUGGCAGGCUCAGACACAGUGGGAUAUCCUGCAUCUGCAAGCCCCUGGAGUCCCACUAUGCAGGCCAGACUCAGAGGACUAGAGAGGACAAUUGCAGAAUAAGCUUGCAAUGCUCGUAAGAAAACUUAUUAUAAAACUAAUUUUUAUCAUGCCCCUAAAGACAUCAGUGUCCGAGAGCUGAAUAGCCAAGGGUUGCCAACUGUCCCUUGAAAAAUUGAAUCAUCCCAUAUUUAGAAACAAAAGCAUGCAUCCUGUAUUAGAGUGUGCAGUCAGCUGUCAACCUGAAUAAGAAAACACUAUUUCACUGAAUAAGAAAGUAAGAAUUGAUGAAUAUAAAAUAUAUAUUUGAAAAAUAAUAGCCGAUUUCUUGCUCAAUGUGACUUUUACUCCUGAACCUCAGCACAUAGCGUCUCUAGAUCAGGGCUGUAUGACGUCAACUUCAUCUUCACGCAGGUUUUCGGUUUUAGGAAGUGACCAGUUAUGAGGCAUACUUUGAGCAACAAAAAAAAAUUAAACAUGGUAUAUCCAAUGUUACAAGAGCAUCAUAAUCCUGGAAUUUAGAAAUUACAUGAAAAACUAACUAAAAUUAAAUAAAUUUAAAUUGAAUAAAUUAAAUAUUUAUUAUUUAUUUUACAAAUCCACAGGGAGCUGCAGCAGAGGGAUAAAAGAGCCACAUGCAGCUCUGGAGCCAUGGGCUGCUGACCCCUGGACUAGAUAUUUUUUUUAAUUCGAAAGACUUACAUUUUCUCUGUUAAAAUAACUCAAAUAAUGUGCAAUAAUAAUGUCCAAUUCCAAGAGACUGUCCAGGCACAUAAUGCAACAUAAAAAAAUAACUUACAACUUCCCUUUUAAAGUGCAUAAAUAUUGUGUGCUGUUUUGUAUAGGGUCACUUGUGUUGAUGGAAGACAAGCAACAACAACUAGAACAGGAUGUUCUUCAUUACAAAGAGCAGAUUUCUGUUUUGCAGCACAGGCAAGACUUUGUGACCAAGGUCAGAGAACACAACUCACAACUGAAUUUUACAGUUUUCUUUUUUUUCAAACAAUGUGAUGUGAAUGGUGUGUGUAACCUCACAUAACCUUGGUAACUUUCAACCUUGUCUUUUUAGAAGUUUGACAUGAGUGUGGAGGAGCUCAGUGAAAUACUCCAGCAGAUCAAGGUAAAUAUCAAUAUAUAUAUAUAUAUAUAUACUGUACUUUUCGCACUAUACGGCCCACCUGAUUAAAAGGCGCACCAUCAAUGAACACGUCUAUUUUCAUACAUAAGGCGCACCGGAUUAUAAAGCGCACUGGAUUAUAAAGCGCAUUAAGCCAAACAAAACAGUCAAUAACUCUGCGAGGCUACAGUAGCUGCAGUGCUCCGACAAGCCAAAAGGAUUUUAAGUGCGCCUUAUAGUGUGAAAAAAUACGGUAUAUAUAUACAGUACAGGCCAAAAGUUUGGACACACCUUCUCAUUCAAUGUAUUUUCUUUGUUUUUUUAUAUGACAUUUUACAUUGUAGAUUAUCACUGAAGGAAUCAAAACUAUGAAUGAACACAUGCGGAAUUUUGUACUUAUAAAAAAAGUGUGAAAUAACUGAAAACACGUUUUAUAGUCUAGUUUCUUUAGAGUAGCCACCCUUUGCUCUUGAUGACAGAAGUACUUGGUGACUGACUCUGUCAGUCACGAAGUAACCCUGACAAGGUACACCUGUGAAGUAAAAACCAUUUCAGGUGACUACCUCAUGAAGCUCAUUGAGAGAACAGCAAAAGUUUGCAGCGCUAUCAAAAAAGCAAAGGGUGGCUACUUUGAGGAAUCUUAAAAUAUUAAACAUGUUUUCAGUUAUUUCACACUUUGUUUUUUAAGCACACGAUUCUACAUGUGUUCAUUCAUAGUUUUGAUGCCUUCACUGAGAAUCUACAAUUUAAAUAGUAAUGAGAAUAAAGGAAAUGCAUACUGAGGAUGCAUAUGCAUAUACAGUAUAUAUAUAUAUAUAUAUAUAUAUAUAUAUAUAUAUAUAUAUAUAUAUAUAUAUAUGUGUGUGUGUGUGUGUGUGUGAUAGUUAGGUAUGAUGAUAUAUGAUGGAUAAUUUGUUGCAUAAUUCUUAUCCCUUACAACAGGCAUAUAGGAUACAUCAAGAGAGCAGAGCACAGCUGGAAUUUCUCUCAGCUGAUGGGAAGGUCAAUGCCCUGUAUGAGAUGACAAAUAUUCAGGGAUCUCAUGCUGAGACUGUUGUGGAGUUACAAAAAACUAGACACCUUCUACUACUGGAGCACAAUAUUAGCAAAAACCUGCAGGUACAUAAAAAAAAGCUGUCUUUGCUUUCAUUGCAUUUUGUGUAACUCAUUUUAAUUUAACUUCCUCUGUGCUGAACUUUUGCUGUCAAGGAAGAGCUGAACACUGUUAACCAGAAGAUGGAGAAAGAAAGGGAGGAGAACAGAAAGAGGGUGGCAGAAAAAGAACAUCUUGUAUCAAAAAGUUUGCUUCAGAUUGACAGUUUACAAGGUAUGAGUUAUCACACUUACGUAGAAUCUAGAAAGGCAAGAAAACCAAACAAAAUUUGUGAUGUUAAAUGAUAUUUUGAAACAAAAAACAAAAAACAACAACAUAAAAAAAUAAAUAAAUUUUAAAAAAUGUGCAACAACAAAAAAAGAACUGUGCAACAAAAAAAGACUGCAACUUCAAAAACUCCCUAUUUUCCUUUCUAUCUAACAGCUCAGGUCAGAAAAUUAGCUCACAGCCAUAAACGAAGUAUACCAGUGCAGUGCACCGGGCGAGCCACAAACCUGGAUGUGGAACAGCCAGUUGAAGAAACCAGUUCUCAACUGAGGGCUGGGGAGUCACUGCUGGAGAUCCACCUGAAGGUCAACAACAUUAUGACUUUGUUCAUUUUUUUUUUUUAAUUAAAAAAAACGAUUUUUUUCUCUUAUCAAGUGUAAAUUUCUGUCUUGCAUAUCCAGGCUGCAACUUUUACCCCAUCAGGGCUCCGUGUUAUGGUUAGAAACCAUCCAGGAGUGGUAGACGGAGGUGAAGACAUAAUAACUUUUUGCACAUAUAGCCUCUUAGACUUUGAGACACACUCAACUCCCCUGGUUCCUGGAAGCAAACCCAGCUACAGCUUUACAUCCCACUAUGCUCUGACAGCCCAAGAUCUAAGCAGGCUGGAAAGUCAGGGGUCAAGGGUCCAAGUGGAGCUCCACCAGGCAUUAGGUGGGGUCAGGUUUCUGACACAUGGAAGUGGGCAAAUGUCCUUUACGGAUGCUAUAGAAAGGAGGGGGGAGCAAAUAAAUAUAUGUGCCAACAUCACUGGUGAGUAGUGUAAACAUAAUGUAUAUAUGUAUAUAGAAAGUAUAAUUUGCUUUUUGCUUUUUCCUCUGUGUAGUCGUUGCACCAUGUAUGUCUGUUACCAUUUUUUCAGUCAAUUCUUGCUUUCUGUCUGCUCAAGGUUACAAGGGUGAAAUUGUUGGCGUCGUGGAUUUUUGGGUGCGCCUCUUCUGCUCUGCAGAGCCCAUCGAACCCAUGAGAGAGACAGGAACUGAAAGAACAGCUAUACAGAAUCCUACACAGAUCUGUCUUGGCUGGCAAAGUGCUGCUUAUGGGGUAAAAGACUGAUUUAUGAUUCAGAAUUUGCAACUGACGAUGAGCACAAAGGAUGAUAUAUGAUAUAUGACUAUUUAUACAAAAAUCAAACUGAGAAAACGAUCUUUAAUGCUGUUUACAGAAAAUAUAUGACUAUGGUGGGGGGAUCCCCAAUGAGCUUGAAGUUACGUUGGAACGCUGUGUUGGCCUUAAUACUCGGUGGUCGGGACUUCUUCCCAAUGCCUACCUGACAUACAGGCUCUAUGACCUGCCACCUCAUGUCUCACAAACAAUCAAGUGCACUGUUGACCCAGUAUUUAAUGACACUGCUAGAUAUCCACUAGCAGUUACAACUGAUGUUUUGCACUAUCUGAGGUAUGACAGCCUAGACCCGAACACACACAAAAAAAUCUUAUUAAACUAUUUUCAUAAUUAACUAAACAUUACCGAUAUGAUCAGCUUUUGACUGUGUUCUUCGCCAGGUCCAGCAGUUUGUGGAUUUACCUGUUUGAUGACAGUGAAAACCAGAUACCACCAGCAUAUCUCGCCAAGACUCCCAUCCCACUGCAAGUCCUUGCUUCUGGCCAACAAAUCAGAGGUACAAUAAAGAGAUAAAAAAUGCAUACUCAGACUUAAAUUAGGGUCAUGGGGCAAACACACAGAGGCACUAUUACCAUGAUAUGGUUUUUACAAAGAUAUAUAUCCUGUUUUUCUAUAUGGUCCAUAAGCCAAAGUAUAAUGUUAUGACAUGUUGGAGUCAGUUGUGUUGAUAGGAGACAAGCAAUAACAAACAGAACACAAGGAUUUUUUAUUACAAAGACAAAGACAGACUCUUGUUGUUACAGGAGUCUUUACUUUUGGUACCUUUGAAAACAUUAGUUUGAUGUGGAUGUAGGUAUCAGAAUGGAUAUAGAUUCAGUUGGCUAAACUGUCAGCAAAUUGGUGGUGGUAUGGCUAUAUGGUUAUAAAGUUAGCAAUUAUCUUGAAAUUCGCAUGAGUCUAAAUGACCAAAAUCAGAUAGAUAAAAAAAAUUAAAUUUAAGUAAAAUUAAUGUUUUUUAUGGUAAUAGCCCAAAGAUCAUUUGAGGCAAUCCUUAUAUUGUAUGUGACAUUUACAUACUCUCACAAAACAAUAGCCAAUAUUGCCUGGAUUAAUUGAUCCAUCCAAAAGCCCCAGUCAUCAGGGAAUAUUUUUUCAAUUCAUGUGAAACUCAAUCAGUGACCCAUCUGUCACUGUUGAUAAUUCAAAGGAUAAAUAAUAUCACCCUCAGGACUUUAAACAGUUCAAUCAUAGUAGCAGACAGUACUGGAGUUUUUAGAUACACCCUAUGGUGCACCUGGACAAAUCUUCAGUGAUGUAACCUGAGAUCACGGGGGGUUUUGUGUCUUUCAACAAUCUGAUCCCCUCGCCCAGGCGACCCAGCUAGGGUUGACCAGGCCCCAGCUUGGUCCAGGUAGCUCUACCCUACAAGCCAUGCCUCUGUCCUCCUGAUCCACAGCCACCUCAAUGCCACCUGGAUCAUUUGGCCGACUUGAUGGCUCUCCGCUGGCUAGCUCCUGCAACACAGUGAGAUGUCAUACGUCACAAAUCCAAGCGCUGCCCCCAGAGCCCUAUAAUGCAUGACAGACUCGGAGAAUUGCAGAACAAGCGUGUGUUAGCGGAUUGCAGUCCUUGUAGGAAAGCUAAUAAUGAUAUUGACUUUCAUCAUGUCCCCAAAGACAUAGGUGUCUGAGAGCUGAAUAGCUCCUAUGUUACCUUGCCACUUCUGUUGCACUGGCAAUGUUAGGCUGAAAACUGGCAUGAAGAGGAGUGUGCAAAGCAGCGCUGUCUCUGACCACGACUCAGAGGUGAAUUGAUAAUGAGCUUCUGGAGCUCUGCAGAAGAAAAGCCUUAAAAAUGACACAGGUAAUGUGACUUUGGCUAAAACUUUAUAACCACACUUUAAAGACCAGUGAAAACACUUAAGUAGUAAGCAAAAAUGAUUGGAGUGGGACUUCAAGGAAGCUGUGGAGAAGUAGCUCGAGAAAUUGGAGAAAGCAAUGGUGAUAUCCAAACCGACAAAAGUGAGUGGGCAGCUCCCAUUGUCACCAUCCCCAAAUCAGACAGAGCAAUCUGGAUAUGUGGAGACUACAAAGUCAGUGUGAAUCAGUGUAUUGAGGACAAGAAGGUCACUCUUCCAAACACUGAAGACCUAUUUGCUACUCUGGCAGGAGGUACAACAUUCAGUUAGCUUGACGUCCCUUGUGACUACCAUCAGUUGGAUGGAAAAAUAUGUGACUAUCAACAUUCACAAUGGCCUGUAAAAGUACCAUUGCCUCAGCUACAGUGUUUCCAGCGCACCUGCUAUUUUCCAGUCAGUCAAUGGACUAAUCCUGCAAGGACUGGAUCCUGUGACAAGUUUUUUGGAUGAUAUUCACAUCAUAGCUACCUCAGAGGAGGAGCACAUCAGAAGACUUGAUGAGGUACUGACACGUCUUGAAAAGCACAAUGUUAGAGUAAAGCAAUCAAAAUGUAAUUUUCUACAGAGCAGUGUCGAGUAUCCGUGACAUCUCAUUGACAAAAAAGGCUUGCACCCAACUGAAGAAAAAGUGAAAGCCAUAACCAAUGCACUAAAACAACAAACAUCACUGUCAAGUUUUGUCUCCACUGUGUAAUGUUCUAACUUGAAUGGAGGAUGAUAUAGUGCCCAAAGGUGAGUGGAAUAUACUCAGACACAACAGAUGCGUUCAUCUUGACUUUUUCCUCUAUUUUAUUGAGAUGGGAUGUGUCCUUCUAAGGUAAAAAAAACAAAAAAUAUUUAAUAUAAAAUAGAUGAAUUGAAUAAAGUUAAAUCAUACUGUUGUCCAUGUAGAUUCUCAUUCAUCCAGGUCAUGGUUUUCUUGAAGACUUAAAAACAGGCAACUGGACUGUGUAGAGUUCAGAAGUUGAGAGUUGAGCCCGGUUAUAAACAUAAACAUGGACACAGAUUCGCUCCCGUGCAUACACGCAGGAGUACACAAACUUUUCCUUACACACAUAUCCCACUCUAAGACAUCAAUAUCUAGUGGCAUGUAAAGUUUCAUUCAUUUCCGAUGAUGUUUAGUGGAUGAAAUAGUGCUUCAAACACUCUCAGUCCAUGAAUGAAGACUUGCGUGCGCGGCACCGAAGGGGUUAAAAUUAUGUGCUGGCUCAAUCUUUUGUAUCACUGUCGGAAAGUAGAAUUUAGAACCCUGGUGAUCGACUGACUACAAAAAAAAAGGUUCUAAUGUGUUGUUAUGGUGCCAUAAACACACGGUCAAAAAACAUGUUUUUAAUGGAAGUCUAUUGUUUGAUUUGAAGACAAAGUAGGGUGUGUAGCGAUCUGAAUGUAUAAUAAAUGUCUUCAGAUUAAUAUUUGAGAAUAAUCUUAAUUUAUGACAUUUAUGCACUCGUUGGGGCACCACCCACCUUUAAUGGUGGGAAAAUGAAGAAAAACAAAAGUUUAAUUCAUAAGUCAAACAUUGAGUUAAUCUUAAAUUAAUCUACUCACAUCUCAAGCCAAAAUUCUCAUUUUUGAGACUCCACCUCUGGAAGAACACUAACAGACAAGAACUUAGAAAAACAAUGAUCAGUUUAUUAUAGGGUAAAUACUGAUCCAACACACAUGCAAUAAAUGAUGAUAAGAUAAUUAGGAUAGAUAACAACAGAUGAACGAAAGAUUCUGAGUCAGGCGGCGAUUACUAAAGUUAAUGAUAGUGAGUGAAUAUGCUCUAACAUAUUAACCUGCGUUAACUUUGGUGUAAAGAUGAAUUUGGAUGUGAUUAUUUGAAUUAUUAAGCUUAAGACAGCAUUAGUCCUGUUUGGAGCUCUGGAGGUUUGGAUACUUAAGUGAGGCUGGUCCUUGGAGAGGAGCAGGUUCCAAAGGUCCAGGCUACCAGUUCGAGAGGUUCAGCUCUGAAGAGGACCGAAGUCAGACAAAGGACAGGCCAGGAGUCACAGCACACAGGCCUGAAUGCAAAAACCAGUGCCUUAAUCAUCCUUUGGAUGCUCCUUUGGUCUCACUGCAACACUGUUGGGUGGCGUUGAGAGGUGACUUGGCAAUCAUGCAGAUAACCAAGAAAAAGAGCCUCGAGGACCAGUUGAAACUUUUUCAAAAAUGGCUUUGCGAAAUUAAAGUAAAAUCAAUUAAAGGCUUAAUCUUGAAUUGCUAUGCGCACAAAAAGUUUAAGUUUCACAACUUGAACUAAGACGAUGUUAAAGAAAAAUCAAACUACGUGAAUGAACACGUGGCAGAAAACUUAAAAGACUAAGGAAAAAGUAAGACAGAGAAAACAAACUAAGAGGGAACUUAGCGGAAACAAAAAAAAAGAAAACAAGCAUGUGAAGAGCAAAAGGCAAAAGAGAAGAAGAAGCAAGAGAGGGAGAGCACCCCAGCUUUACUGGUUUUCUACUCUUCAUACUGGGAGAGUCUCUAAGGUGUGAAGAGAGAAAAGAGGGGGUUCUGAUCCCCAGCUGCAGCUUCCUGAGAGGAGACUUUCAAGAUCCCUGAUUGUUUGAUCCAACUUGUACUUUGGAUAGUAAAAGAGUCAGAUCAAAUAUUCACUCACUAUGAUUAAUGUUUUUGAAUGUGUUAGGAAUCGAACAAAGACCAGGAUCUAAAAAUGCAGAGGCAAAAGCCCAAAUUUAUUGAUAAUAAACAAUAGAACAAAGUAACAACAGAAAAUUGCAGUUUCCGGGAAAAGGCAUGGUUGGCUCAGACUGCCACUAAAAAGACACAAAAACAGAGUUAGAAAAAGAGUCACUGCAGCAAGGUAAAUAGCUGGUGAAAAAAAAAGUUCAAAUGAUAGUGCCACAUGGGGCAAGUAACAACUAAGGAUGUAAAAGUCAAAGUGCAAUAGAAAAUGGUAAACCAAAAAAUCUUCUCAACUAGAGGAAAAAACGCGAACACAAAAUCACCUUUGCUCAAGGGAAAAAAUCUCUAGAAAGAAACCAAAGAACUCACAAAUAAAUACUGAGAGGUAGGCUGGAUACAUGGGCAGAAGAUCAGGGAGAUCGGCGUGGCAAUACACGUGUAGCAUGACUGAGAAAUCAUCCGGCACUGAGUCGACAGAGGAGGUGGCAUAUAAAGCCAGGUAACUGACAACAACAAGAAUCAGGUGCGUGCAAUCAGUCCGGUCCAGCCCCACCUUCCGCCAUGCCUCCAGCGCUGCAGAGAAAAAGAGAAAGGGAGAACACACAGAGGAAAGGAACACAGGAAACCCAACUGCUGCAUAAACUCAAGUACCUCACAGUACCCUCCCCUCAAGGAAUGCCUCUUGGCGUUCUACCUGGUUUACCUGGGUGGGCAGCAUAGAAGUCCUGCAGCAGCUGUGGGUCGAGGAUGAGGAAACGCGAGAUCCAGGCACGCUCCUCGGGACCGUACCCCUCCCAGUCAACCAAGUACUGAAAUCCCUGCCUCUCCUGCGGGCGUCCAGAAUCCUGUUCACUGUAUAGGCGGGGUGGUCGUCAAUGAGGCGAGAAGGAGGCAGCAGUGGUGCUGGGGGCUGGAGGGGGCUGCUUGUGACAGGCUUAAGGAGAGAGUCAUGGAAUACCGGGUGCACCCUGAGGGACAUGGGGAGGCGGAGCUUGACGGCGAUGUGAGACCAGGGGCGUGAGAAGACAGGGAGAGGAUGCAGGAGCCUGGCAGGGGCCUGGUGAGAGGACUUACUGCAGGCACAGACCGAGCAGGUGGUAAUGAAGGUGCGAACGUCUGCCGUUAUCGAAGGCCACCAGAAGCGUUGUCGCACCAGCAUGAGAGUCCGCCGAACCCCGGGAUGGCAGGCGAGCUGGAAGGCAUGCCCCCACAGGAGCACCGCGGAUCUGGCCGCAGGUGGGAUGAACAGCUGCCCCUCAGGUACACCAUCCGGAGCCGGGUGGUCCCUGAGCGCAGCCUGGACGUCCUGCUCCACUGUCCACUGGACUGCCCCCACAACAUAUGUGGAGGGGAGGAUCGUCUCGACCUGAACUGACAGGACAGCAUGUCAGCCUUGACGUUCCGGGAGCCAGGGCAGUAGGUGAAAGUGAAAUUGAAGCGCCCCAGGAAGAGGGCCCAGCAGGCCUGCCUGGAGUUCAGCCUCUUAGCCGUGCGCAGGUAAGAGAGAUUCUUGUGGUCGGUCCAUACCACAAACGGCAUAGCCGCCCUCUCCAGCCAGUGCCUCCAUUCCUGUUAUGAGAGCACCACCGCCAGCAGCUCGCGGUUCCCAACGUCAUAGUUGACCUCCGCAAGGGUGAGGCGGCGAGAGAAAAAGGUACCAGGGUGCAGUUUCUUAUCAGACUGUUGAUGCUGGGAGAGGACAGCCCCCACUCCUGAAUCAGACGCGUCCACCUCGACCCCAAACUGCUGCGAAGGAUCUGGGUGGGAAAGGACAGGAGCGUUAGUGAACAGCCUUUUAAGGUGAUCGAAAUAAGCCUGAGCAGAGGGGGACCAGGUAAAAGCAAGGUUGGUGGAUGUGAGCCGUGUCAACAGAGCAGCAAUGCAACUGUAAUCGCGUAUAAAACUUCUGUAGAGGUUUGCAAACCCUCGAAACCGCUGGAGUUGUUUUCGGUUCUCAGGAACCGGCCAGGCCCUGACUGCUUCAACCUUGGAGGGGUCCACUCUAAGCUGCCCCUUCUCUAUGAUGAACCCCAGGAAAGACACAGUAGACACAUGGAACUCACAUUUCUCAGCUUUGGCGAACAGCUUGUUCUCUAGUGGCCUCUUAAGGACGUCUCUAACAUGCUCUACGUGUUCUCGUGUGCGUGAAAAAAUCAAGAUAUCAUCCAGGUAGACAAACACAUUCUUAUGUAGCAUGUCUCUGAGAACAUCAUUGAUCAGACACUGAAAAACCACAGGAGCAUUGAUCAGACCAAAGGGCAUGACCAGAUAUUCAUAAUGUCCAAGGUGGGUAUUAAAUGCGGUUUUCCACUCAUCACCUUCUUUAAUUCUGAGUAAGUGGUAUGCGUUGCGGAGGUCCAGUUUUGUAAAAAUUGUAGCUUCGUGGAGUGGGCUGAACGCAGAGUCAAGCAGUGGCAGUGGGUACUUGUUUUUGACUGUAAUGUCAUUUAACCCUGAGUAGUCGACAGAGGGGCGCAAAGAACCAUCCUCCUUCUCUACAAAAAAAGAAGCCCGCCCCUACCGGCAAGGAUGAGGGCCUUAUGAGGCCUGCUGCCACCGACUCAGUGAUGUAAGUUUCCAUAGCUUCUUUCUCAGGUUUACUCAAGUUAUACAGUUUUCGUGUGGGGUGGGAAGCUCCGGGGAGUAAAUCAAUCCCACAGCCGUAGGGGCGGUGAGGAGGGAGUGAACAGGCUGCGUCUUUACUGAAAACCUCUUGUAGGUCGUGAUAAUCCUGAGGGAUAUUACUCAGGUCUAUAGUCUCGGGUGGGCGUGAGGAGUGAGGAGAUCUGGCUGGAAGCGCUGAACAGAGACAGUGGACGUGACAGUAAGCGCUCCAGCUGCGAAUGGUGGAAGUGGACCAGUCAAUAUGGGGGUUGUGAAGCUGUAACCACGGGAGACCCAAAAUAACUGGAGUGAGUGGGGAGGUUAUGACAAAGAAUUCUAAAUGUUCGUGAUGAUUGCCCAAGAGAGUCAGCUUUAAAGGGGUGGUUCUGUGGGUAACAGUGUUUAUGAGUCAUCCAUCUAUGGCUAGGACUUCCUUGGGUGAAGUCAGAGGGCUAACAGGCAGGUGAUUAGCUUUAACAUAGGCUUCGUCGAUAAAGUUGUCAUCAGCCCCAGAGUCAAUGAGUACCUGCAGCUCAUGUGAUAGGUGAGUUUCAUGUAGCAUACCUUGAACACGGAUAUGGGAGUUGGAGGAGGAAGAGACCCGGCUCACCAGCGCCCCCUGACCUACUGCCGAGCCCUGCCUUUUGGGCACCUCUGUGCAGGUAUCGCGGUAGUGACCUCCGCGGCCACAGUAGAGGCAGAGCUCCUCUUGCAUCCUCCACUGCCAUUCUGCUGGCAUGAGGCGAGAUCGACCCAGCUGCAUCGGCUCCUCCAGUGGAGGUGAGUGGUGUUCAGGAGCGAGGUGUGGGCCAGUCAAGGUGUGAUGACAGAUGUUUAUCUGAUCGAGUGGUCCUGCAUUUCUUUCCUGCUGGCCAUAAACAGUGUCUUUGUCUCUUGGAAGUAGAGAGGAUAGAAAGUUUGUGUUUUGGGAAGGCUUCUUUGGUUAUCUUGUAUAGAGACAGGAGGUUGUAGAAAGAUUGUGAUUUGGUGUCAAAGGUUUACACUAUCUCGUCUCUGGUGAGCAGAUGUAAGCCUUACAUUCUUUUGGGGGUUGGGAUGCACAAGUAGUCGGCUCUGUUACAGGUUGGAUGGAGCUAAAAUGCAGUAACGGAAUACGACCGGUGACACAGCAUUUUAUUUUUUUUUUGUUACUAAUAAGAAAAAUAAGAACUCUCCCCAAAUUUGAUGCCCCAAUCUUUAAAAAUGUCAACUGUCAGCUCAAAAUAAAGAUGAAUUAAAAUGACAAAUGUCCUCAAUAAGGAACCAAGGGUUAAAUUAUUAGUCCAUGCAUCUUUUAACUCUAUUUAUUUAUUCAUUGAUAGCAGAAGUGCAAUCAACUGUAUCUAUUUUUUUCUAUUCUACCCAGCAAUAUGACUAUAAACUUUAUUUAAUCAGCCAAUUUAUCAAUACAAAUAUACCUUUGAAAAUAUACAGACAAUAAUUUAAUUCUACAUUUUAAUGUUAUUGAUUUUCAACUUUUUUAGUCUAUAGGCAUUUGGGAUUCUUAGUUUUAAUACUAAUAAUGCUUUAAAAGGAGGGAAAUUACUGCAGCUCUUAAAGAUGGGGGCAAAAAUUCCUUUUCUUCGGGCCUGGGUGCCUUCCUACUGCUCAAGUCUUCCAUCGCUUCCGAUAAUUCUUCAAUACUCAAACAUCUAUUGAGGUCAGUUUUAGCUUCUUCUGUUAUUUUUGGAAAGUUGAGUUUAUCUAAGAAUUAUUUUUGUAUUCCAGAGCUGUUUAGCAAGUCAUAUUCAGAUUUGUAUAGACUCUCAUAAAACUCUUUGAAAGCAGUGUUUAUUUAAGAUGGAUCGACCAGGAUUUUCCCAUCUUGUAGCUUAAUAGAGUUAAUGGCCCUAUCAGUUUGUAUCUUUUUUAACCUCCAUUCUAAUAAUUUUUCGGCUUUCUCUCCCUGGUCAUAGUAUGAUUGUUUUAGCCACAACAAACUGGAAGCUAUUCUAUCAGUGGUUAACUCAUUGUACUGGGAUUUCAUUAAGUUAAGUCUCUGUUGUUUUUCUGGGGUCUCAUUGUGAUGAAGUUCUUGCUCUAAUUUUUUAACUUUGUGUUCAAGGGUGUUAAUUUGGGAGUAAUAUUUUCAAGAUUUAUGCGUAGUGUAACUAUUUAUCUCACCCCGUAAAUAGGCCUUAAAUGCCUCCCAUUUUACUGACGCACUGCUUUGAUUUGUAUUAAUGGCAAAGUAAUCAUCUAUUUUCCCAUCAAUAAACUUUAUGAAGUCCAGGCUUUGGAGCCAUGUAGACUGGAAGUGAAAUCUAGGUCGUGGAGACACAAUAUUGGGUAAUUCCAUUGUUAAGGAAAUCGGUGCAUGUUCCGACAACAGAAUACCGUCAUACCAACAUCUUUCAAUUUUCGACAGUAGUCGAUAUGAAAUUAAAAAAUAAUCUAUUCUAGAGUAUGUUUUAUAGGAGCUGGAAAAGCAGGAAUAGCUUCUCCCGUUAGGAUUGAGAUAUCGCCAAUUGUCGGUUAAGUUUAGAUCAGCCAUAAACCUUUGGAUAGUUUUUCUUGUUUGUUGAUGAGAGGUAUCAGUACCAGUUGAGUGAUCCUGAGUCGAAUCUAGCAAACAAUUGAAAUCACCACCAAUUAUGUAUUGACCAGGGUGGGAUGAUAUAGAGAGAAAGAGGUUUUGAAAAAAAAAAGGGUUCAUCAUCAUUAGGAGCACAUACCAAGCUAACCUAAGUAGACACAAUGGUACCGUUGAGUAUAAUAUACCCAGGCAUGAAAAUGGGUCAGGGGUUGAAAAGGUGAGAAGGGUGCGGAGGAAAUACUUUCCGGUACACUGUACAACCCAACAAAAUAUUGAGCUCUGUCCACCCACACUGUGUUUCAGUGAUCUGCAGGAGGUGCCAAAAACACUCCAAGUCUCACACACACACACACACACACACACACACACACACACACACACACACACACACACACCACAUGCAUCUUGUGCUGGCCAUGUUUUAUUUCGAAACAAAGUUUACUUUUACAGAAGCUAAAUGAGUUAGAUGAGUCAGAGAGAGGUGUUCAAAACUGUUUGUACAAGGCCAUAUGAACAAUAAUAAUUUAAAGAGAAAAAAAAACAGAAUAAAAAAAAUAAAGACUUUACAUCCUGCACUUAAGAUCAAUGUAUGCCCUGCCAGACUGGAGAACAAUACAUGCAAUUCCAAUAGAUCCAAUACCAAGUCCAAUUGGUCACUUUUUCUUUUUUCUUUUUGCCUGGGCCGCCAGAGUCUCCAUGGCCUUUUACGCUGAGUGGCCACAUGCCUCAGCCUUGCCCGCUUCUCACUUUCAGCAGCCUGCUUCUUUGCCUGCUGAGCACUCACAGUUUCUUGACAGUCAUAUAAAAAUAAUAGCAACAUAGUGAUUUACACAACCGCUUUAGUAGCUUUUGGUAUAAACACACGGCAAGCCUUUUGUGACGCAUUCUUCCCUGUUGUCUUCUCUCACGCUAAUGUCGCGCUGAAAAAAAUUGACGCCCCGUCUUGUCAAUGGAUGGAGCCAGAGCAGUAAACGCGAGACGCCCGCUUUCGCUAUUUUAGAUGGCUCAAAACCAUUUCGUUUUAAUGAAUGAAUUAAUUACAUCAGCGGCGAAAAGGGGUGUUAAAAAGUUUACCACUUCACCUUAAGCCUUUUCAGGUCCCGAAAUACCAAUUACAGAGAUAUUAGAAAGAAGCUUGUGUUUCUUCUUUAUGUUACCGUUAACUACACAAGCUUGACGCUAACUUAAUAUCUAGCAAACGGGAGCUAUUUUUUCCCCGGAGGUUUGGCUAGCUCUGGCAGUGUUCAACGCAAGCUGUAGUGAAUGGCAGUAACUUUGUUAUACCACAAAAUAUGAAAACGAUUGAAACCAUAACUCACCAAAUUCAAUCUGCUGGUAAAUGCAGGUAAAUGUGUAUGCUACGCUCUGGUCUGCCUUGUCCCCGGUGUUGUGCAGUAGAAUGCACCCCUGCAUCCCAUCCACUCAUUAGCUUCUUAAAGUGGAAGAAAAUGAUCUCAUAUUUUGCAAAGACAUGAGUAUUUGGAUCAUGACUACUAGUAAACUUUCACUCUGUUUUAAUGUGUCUCAAAAAUGCAUAUAUCGAGGUGUACUUGGGUAUAUAAACUGUACCGUAAGAUGUCAAGGUAGAGAACAUUAUACUUUCGGGACAGCAAAUAUUCUGAAUCGGAGGGCUAUUGUUUUAGGCUUAUCUGAAUAACCUGAAUAAAAUCAUUAAGGCACACGCUUUUGAAAACUUGGAUUAUUUCGCCUUGUUAUGUACUUUCAACCGCACUCUUGUCGGGGGGGGUAUUCUACAGCAGGGGUGCAUUCUAAAGCAUAACACCGGCGUGGAUAAGUCCUGCUUCUCGUUCUCGCAGCUUUGCAAUGCUACCACAGGCUCUCCAAGCACUGCAAGUACACGUGAAGACUGUGCGCGUGAUUGGAAUAAUAGAAUGCAGUUUAGCCUAUGAUUGGUUCUCGUCAGCGAAGCAGCCAGGAGGAUUUCCUGACCGUCCAAGUGUCAUUUUAAAGGGCUGAUUUCUGAAGUGCUCAGUUUGCGUAUUAAGUCAAUCAUAUGAUAAUAAAAACAAAAAAUCUCCCGAAUGAAUGAAUCAAUAUCAUGACUCCUUUGGCAUGAGAUGAAAAGACAGCGGAAUGAACUUGCCCAGGCCAUCUCUUUUUAACGCUAUUUAUAUUACCGUCCACCAAAUGAGUUUCUUGUAAGAAAAUAAUUUUGGCCUUCAUUUGUUUAAUUCUGUUCAACAUCCGUUUCGAUUUUACCAAUUUGUUCAGCCCUCUUUCGUUCCAGCUAGAGAUGUUUAACUCUGAUCUAGCAGUCAUUUAUAUCUAUAGAACGUAUGCAUAUUUGGAGGAAGAGAGAAACUGAAAACACAGAACCAAGGACAUAGCACCGAGAUCUUAUUCCCUCCCAAAACCCGCCUAAUGCACUUCCCCAAAUGAAGUACAUAUGAACUAGAAAAAAUUGACUAACUCCGGUCAUGGUAAACACUUUAUCCACACAAUGAGGAGCAAUGUAACUCAUGCGCUCAUACCACAUCAUAAGGCUCACUGACAUAUUGAAAACAGACUUAAAGUUCAACCAGCAGUAAAUAUUGUGGGGAAAAAUAUUAAUAAUAAAUUAAAAAACAAUAAAUACAUCCGUAGGGGGAGAGAGAAAAAUGAAAAACAAAGAAAACAGCAAAUAUGUGAAUAGGUACUCAAAAUAAUAAUUCUAAUUAUAUAAGUAAUAUAAUAAUACAGAUUAGCCACUUUUAAGAGACAACCUGUUUGCACAGUGUAGCUCACAACCCAUACGCAAAAGGGCAGACACAUAAACGUCUCUCAAUCCUGAAUGUACUUCUCAAAAUAAGGGUGUCCCUCUAGUGCAGGGGUGGGCAAUUAUUUUUCCCAAGGGGCCAAAUGAGAAGCAGAAAAUAUUGUGGAGGGCCGGGCCAAAAGUUUAAACUCUAUUCUACGUAUACAUUUUAAUUAUAAAUUGAAAGCAGUAAAUGGCGUUUACACUAACUGGUAAGUGUUUGUAUUAUUAUUAGGUAAUGAGAAAUUGAGGGUUUUUUUUUUUUUUCACAAAAAAAAUUAUUUUCUUCAGUGCAGUUUUCAAAACAAUGGUAAACAUGAAACAUUUGUAACUCUUUUUUUAAAUUACAUUAACCUUAAAACACUUCUUUCUAUUAAAACAACACAAUGCCAAAUAUCAUUAACAAGAUAAAACACUUCUUUCUAUUAAAACAGCACAAUGCCAAAUAUCAUUAACAAGAUAUGUCACAUUUUUUCUUUUCACAGAUUGUAAAACUGUGCAGGCAAAAAGUAAAAAUGAACACAUUUCAGUAUUUUUUUUCUUGUUCAGUGAGAGAAAUCUAGCCUUUGCUGGGCUUUAACAAGUGCAUCAAAGUAAGGCUGAAUGUCUGAGGUGGAGAUGCGAAGUACAGCUGACAGAUGAUCAUCAGUAAGAGAGGAUCUGAACCUGGAUUUGGUAAACUUCAUCACUGAGAAUGUUUGUUCACAUAUGUAGGUAGAUCCAAACAGAACCAAUAUCUUCUGAGCAUGUCUCCUCAUGUUUGGAAAGUUCUCCUCCUUGAGAGAUGACUAGAACUCCAGCAGUGAUGCUGACUUUAAGUGCUCUGCCAGUACUGUGUCAGACUGCAGGUCAAUGAGCUCUAGCUGAACGUCACUGGGUGCAUUAUCUACUCGGCAGGUAAAGGGAGAGGAAACCAGGUGCAUUUCAUCCUCAAUGUUUUUACAAAACUCUUGAAUCUCUGUUGUCAGGUCCAAAAAUCUUUUUAGCUCUUUGCCCAGACUGAGCCAUCUGACAGCUGUGUGGUACCUGAUGUCACCAUGUUCAUUCUCAUGCUCCUCUAAAAGUGCAACAAACUGCCUGUGAUUUAAAGCUUGUGCCCUGAUAAAGUUAACCGUUUUGGUUACAACAUCAAUAACAUGGUUAAGUUUUAGCACAGACCUGCACAACGCAUGCUGAUGUAUAAUACAAUGUAUCAACACCAACUUAUGCUCUGAGCCGAGUUCAGUCACUUUAUCUUGGAUCUGUUUCAAAAGUCCAACAUUUUUCCCCAUCAAAUUUGGACAACCAUCAGUAGUGACACCUACCAGUUUGUCCCAUUUUAGUCCAAGCUUGACCAUGAAUGCAUCUACCUUCUUGAACAGAUCUCGCCCCGUUGUCUUUCCUUUUAUUGACCUCAAUGCUGCCAGCUCCUCCGUAAUCUUGAAGUCCUGCCUUAUUCCUCGGAGAAAUACCAGUAACUGGGCAGUGUCACGGACAUCACAGCUCUCAUCCAAAGCCAAAGAGAAAAAGUCAAAACUUUCAACUCCACUUUUUAGCUGAAGUUUGAGAUCCUCCGCGAUGCCUUCUACCCUUCUGGUGACAGUUCGCCUGGACAGCAGGACUUUUUUCAAAUGCUUCUUUAUUCUCAGGGCAUAUUAGCGUGGCAGAGUCCACCAAGCACUCCUUCACAAACUCAACAUCCGAGAAUGGCUUACAGUUUUAAGCGAUUUUGUGAGAUAUUACAAAGCUGGUCUUGGUCACUGCAUCCCGGGCUGUGUGUAGCUUGGUAAAAUAGCCUUUGCUAGCAAGUCUUCCGAAAUUCGCGCUCUCUCAGCCUCCGCCAAGUGUCUGUAUUUCUCUGCGUGUUUUGUCUCAUAAUGCUGACUCAAAUUGUACUCCUUGAACACAGCGACCUGCUCACCACAAACUAAACAGACGGGUUUACCGCCGACUUCAGUAAACAAAUAUUUAGUGCUCCAAAUCUUCUUGAAAUUUCGGCCUUCAGCGUCCACCUUUCUUUUUUUUAACAUGCCCGUACAUCGUUGAGGGGUGACAAUUGCCGCUAAUCAUGUGCACUGAUUGACUUGUUUUACGGAUUACAGAUACGACGUCGUAGGCUACGUUCACUGUACAUAAAUAAACAGGUUUUUACAUCCUAUUUUUUUAGUCCACGCAUUAAAAUUCAAAAGUAGGUUUUAUUUUCUAAAUUCCAAGCAACCUUUCGCGGGCCGGUCAGAGUCGGGCUGUAAAAUGCCCAGGUCCGCUCUAGUGAAUAGAGAGUAAAGAAAGGGUAGUUUGCCCAAAGCACAAGUCUCCCGUCAUAUAACCAUGAUGGUUUUCAGAUGCACCAUUACCUCAUAGUGACAGUGUGACGCUCAUGGUCAGGAAAGAUACUCAUCGGUUCCCGGAGCUCGGGGAUCCUCGAGGAGUGGCUGCAUCGGUGGAUUGAAUGCUGUGGAGAAAAUCCUCUGCUUGGGAGACGGAUGUGAAGACCUGGCGCUUGUCAUUGUGGGUGAUGACCAGGUGAGAGAAGCCCAUAGCAGAUGUUCAGGGCACCGAGUCUCGCCUUCACUCCAUCAAAUAGACACUUAUGCUUCCUUGUUUCAGCUGAUAGAUCUGGGAAGAAGCUGACCCGCUGGUUGUCGUAGCGCACUUCCCUCUGUCUUCUGGCUGCUUUAAGUGCAUUUUCACGGUCCUUACAGUUCAGAAAUUUAAUAAAGACUGAUCUGGGCGCUGAGGACCGGCUCGUGUUGAUAUGGCCGACCCGGUGUGCCCGCUCAAGUAUCAGGGUAGGGGUAAAAGUGUCACCUAGUACCUAAGGAAGCCAAUUUUCCAGAAAAUUGCACGUCAAGGCCCUCAGCUUUCCCUGGGAGACUGACCAGUCUCAGGUUGGAGCGCCUUGCCCUGUCUUCUUGCUCUUGAACUUUAUUGCGCAAUGUAUCUGUAGUUUCUUCCAGUUGUUUCACCCGUAGCUGGAGAGUGGUGACAUCUUCCUCUGUCUGUGAUAUCUUCUCCUCCGUUUUCCCAAUUCUCUUUGAAUGGGACACCAAAUCCCCCUUGAUGCUGUUAAUAGCCUCCAGCAUGUCGGCUGACUGUUUGGCAAAAUCCUGCUUUAGUGAGCGUAUUGCAUUCAGUAUCUCGGUGUUUGAAGGUCCACUAGCAUUAGUCUUGUGGCCGUUGUUAGCAUCAUGGCUAGCAUCAGUUGUAGCAGCAUUAUUUUGUGCUAUUACCUUCAGAGUUUGCUGGCCAGAUUUAAUGUUUUUGGCGGCAUACCGUCUUCAGCACUUAUUCAAGCAUUUAAGGGGUUUAAAGUAGACUAUAAGUCGUUUUUCAAGUAUUUUUCCAGAAAGUCAGUGAUGAGCCAAGUUCCUGCCAUCCUGUUAGCUGCACUCCAUAACCGGAGGUCUGGGAUUUAGACUGUUUCCCACAAACUACAAUUUUACUUUACAAUCACUGAACUGAAGUCCCUCUUGGGUCUCUUCAACUAUUACUUUAUAGUUUACUACUAAAACUAUUACUGUUAGAACUUGACACAGUCAAUGAGGUGGGCUAGGAUAUGUCGGUUCUUGCUCACCUCAUCAUUGCGGCAACAAUCCGCCAGCCUGUAGCUCUCAUCCAGCUGCGUUGUAAUGUUCAUCCGCCCAAGCACAGACGACUUAAAGGUCCCAUAUUGUGCAAAAUUCACUUUAGAAUGGUUUUCUAACAAUAAUAUGCAUCCCCAGCCUGUCUAAAAAAUCCCCCAAAAUGAAAAAAUUCUAUCCUCUCCCUCUCUUGCUUUCAGAAAAUGCCUCCCUCUUCAUCUGAGGUUUUGAAGGCCCAAUGGAUUCAUUUUAUUGAACCCCCUUAUAACUUUUAAAAAUGGAGCUGUACAGAAAAAAGAGGGCUUGAGCACAAGUCUUACAAUAACUACAUGUCAACAUUGGAAGCAAGGGGGAAAAAUUUGUGUGAUAAAUUACUAACGUUUGUCCACAGUAGAGGAUGACAUUUUUCGGGAAAAUUGAGGGGGUCUCGCCCAGGGAGUAAUUUAGUCUAGAACCGCAACUGUAUAUAUAUAUGUACUUUGUUUACACCGACCGAAUGUCAGGCAUGUGAAACUUAAAGGUACUGCCUUUUAUAUGCACUGCACUUUUACUUAAAAUAAAAAAUGCAAUGUUUUUUCAACAUGUUUGGUUUUAUUCAAACGGGAGCGGGACAGGAGUAGGAGUCAUUCUACGGGAGUGGGACAGGACAGGAUACAUUUUUUUUUACUCCGGUCCGGGAUUGGGACGGGACAGGAGUGAAAAUCUGCUCCCGUGUUAUGCUCUAGUCCACAGCUCCAUAAGGAUGGCUGGCGGAGGUGAGAUUUUUUAAUUAUACUGCAGCCCGUCACCAGAGUGUGCUGUUCUCGGGGUGGCUUCACUGCACAGGGAGGCAGACGCUGUCCAUUCUAUCUUCAGUCUAAAGCUUUUAGACAACAAACUUAAAAUUGACUGUUCUGGGACCUCUGAGACCUGUGUGAACCUGCUGAAAAGAAGUACCUUUAAGACAACUGUCCAUGAGGGUUUUAGACAACUCAUGCCUCUUGACCUUUUCUGACAGAUGUUUGGUUGCCAAUUUUUCCUCAUUGCUAUGACAACUGAAGGGGAUUUCUUUCAAGGAAACAAUUGAGCUCCCUACACUUGCCAUGCUAACCAUGAAAGCAACUGGUGCAUAGUGGCUACGCUAUGGAAGCGAUUGUGACUCAUAUCUCAAAUUCAAAAGAAUUAGCAGAAAUGCUUUUUCAUUUCAAAGUCAUGGCUGCGCUAUUUGACUCAAAAAAAAAAAUUAAAAGCAAUAUUCCAAAAUGCUAUUUCAUUUUCUUCUUCAAGACUGCUCAUUUUGUGACUAAAUUAAAAAGCAAAAGCAAAUCACAUUUAACAUUUAAUUUGCAAAACAUUCACCAGCAAAAAGGUAACAAAAUUCAAUUUGAAAUGUCAAAUUCAAAAAUUCAAAAGCAUUAGCAGAAAUGCCUUUUCAUUUCAAAGUCAUGGCUGCAAUAUUUGACUCAAAAAUCAAAAUCAAAAGCAAUAUUCCAAAAUGCAUUUUCAUUUUGUUCUUCAAGACUGCUCAUUUUGUGACCAAAUCAAAAAGCAAAAGCAAACUCAGAAAUGCUUUUUCGUUUUCGUGCUCGCCCCGCAAAAAGUGUCUCAUAAUUCAAUCUGAGUUCACAAUCUCAAAUGGAGCAGGAAAGUGAUGUCACAGACCCCACUCGUUCUGGCCCCUCCUGGCCGAUAGGGGGCAGUGAAUCCGUGUAUCAUUCGUUCAGUUGAUAUUCAAUGUAAUUAACACAGCCUGUACACCUCUCUUGUUGGUUGUAUUCUUUAUUUGCAAAAUAUCCCAAAUCCAUUGAUCAGUGAUGAGAACAAUGAGGAGUGUAAAGUCUGUUAGUCCGCUGAAACAGAUAGCCGUGAUCCGCAUUUUGAUUUCAUUCAAGCUGACUGCGAUCAGUACGAGUGGUGACGCUUUUCCACAUUAAAGGAGGAAAUAUUUGUCAUAUAUCUUCAUUAACACCAAGUGUUUCAUUUCUACUUAUUUGAAGCAUGGAUCAUAGUUGUGGGGACGUCCACACAAACAUUGAAUACAACCAACAAGAGAGGUGUACAGGCUGUGUUAAUUACAUUGAAUAUCAAUUGAACGAAUGAUACACGGAUUCACUCCCCCCUAUCGGCCAGAAGGGUCCAGAAUGAGUGGGGUCCGUGACGUCACUUUCCUGCUGCACUUGAGAUUGCGAAUCAGAUUGAAUUAUGAGACAAUUUUUGCGGGGCGAGCAAGAACGAAAAAGCAUUUCUGAGUUUGCUUUUGCUUUUUGAUUUGGUCACAAAAUGAGCAGUCUUGAAGAACAAAAUGAAAAUGCAUUUUGGAAUAUUGCUUUUGAUUUUGAUUUUUGAGUCAAAUAUUGCAGCCAUGACUUUGAAAUGAAAAAACAUUUCUGCUAAUUCUUUUGAAUUUUUGAAGUUGACAUUUCAAAUUGAAUUUUGUUACCUUUUUGCAGGUGAAUGUUUUGAAAAUUAAAUGUUAAAUGUGAUUUGCUUUUGCUUUUUAAUUUAGUCACGAAAUGAGCAGUCUUGAGGAAGAAAAUGAAAUAGCAUUUUGGAAUAUUGCUUUUGAUUUUGAUUUUUGAGUCAAAUAGUGCAGCCAUGACUUCGAAAUGAAAAAGCAUUUCUGCUAAUGCUUUCGAAUUUGAGAUAUGAGUCACAAUCGUUUCCAUACUACGCCAGCUAUCCUUAUGUUAUGAAUGACGAAGGCCCGUUGGGGCUGUGCAGCUAAUCUGUCAGCAGUUCAAGGCUGCAUUCUCUGGGGCCAACGAGUUAUCAUACCUCCAGUGUAUUGGCAGAGACUACUGGAAGAUCUCUGUGAUGAGCAUUCUGGUAUAUCGUAUGCUCUUGCUUGCAGCUACAUCUGGUGGCCAAACUGUGAUGCUGAUAUUCAAGAACUAGUCCAAGGUUGCCAGGUUUGCCAAGCUGUUCAGAAAAUGCCACCAGUUGGAACAUUACCCACAUGGAUAUGGCCAGAAAGGGUGGGGCAGAGAAUCUAUAUUGAUUUUGCAGAGACAGACAAACUGUAUUUCUAGUGGUCAUUGACAGCCAUUCAAAGUGGUUGGGAGAAUUCCUAUGGCUUCGAUCACAUUUCACAACACUACUGAAGUGCUGCGAGGCCUGUUCUCUUCAUGUGGUCUACCAGAAGAGUUGGUGUCAGAUAAUAGGCCUCAGCUGGUGUCUAGAGAGUUCACUUAGUUUUUGGAGAAUAAUGGAAUCAAACACACUCCUGUACCAGCAUAUCACCCUUCAUCAAAAAGAGCAGCAGCGAAAUCUGUACAGAUACGGAAGCAGGGGCUGAGGAAAAAUGUCUUUGAAGCAGAUCAGAAGUCAUCACUGUCACUGAGCCAUAGAUUGGCAAAUUUCCUGCUUAUGUACUGCAGCACACCGCACACCAUGACUGGAACAACACCAGCUUUUCCUGAAAUGUCAAAUUAGGACAUGGUUCAGUUUACUGAAGCCUGAACUUGCCCAUAGAAUUGAGGAGAAACAAUCUGUGCAAAAGCGUCAUCAUGACCACAGAUCAUCAUCCAUCCGUGUUUUCCACAAUGGAGAUGCAGUGCACAUCAGAAACAUUGGAGGUAGAGAGGAAAAAUGUAACCAAGGAACUAUUCUUCAGAGACUGAAUGUUGACCAUCUGUUGCCAUGGAGAGGACUCAUAGAGAGACCGCUGAAGUUGUUUCCAUCAGUUGCAAAGAAUACACCAUCAGUGAUUGUUGACUGUGCUGUUAGAAGCCCUUUACAAGGCCCACCAAUACAUCAGACACCACCGCCCAUGCCCACUGAAUCAACAAAAGAUACUGUUGAGUCACAACCUGCACCUGUGACAACCACAGCAGACAAAAGUUCACUUGUAAAACAGAGGUAUCCAGAGAGAGUUAGGGUACCACCACAGAGACUGGAUUUGCAAAACACCAAACUGUAGGAGAGUGGCCAUUCUGCCACCUGCUGAGUAUAACAUGCAAUAACCCUUGUGGUUUUAGAUUAUGGUUGGCCAACAUAUUACCAAAGCUGAAUGCAAAGACAUGCCAUAACCUGUUGUGUUGCUGUUGCCGUCAUCUGCCAGUAAAGACGUCUUCAAGUCACUUCUCUCAUCUGUUCGUUAAACCAGCCCAAUAUGUUACAGCAGGUAAGGCAGGUUUAUUUGGAGGCUUUAGCACCAUUCAUAAACAAGGCAAUUCAAAGUGCUUUACAGAUGCAAGGAAAUAUAUCAGAAAUCAAAAAAAAAUUAAAACAAUUCAAAAUCAAUCAGACAAAGCGAUAAUUUUUUUUCAUCUAUUCAGUGUUUGACCUUGUCAUUUAUGAAAACUAUCAUUUACCAGAAAAAUGAAAUAAACCACAAGCUUUUAGACUUGGAGCUCUGCAGCACUCAGCCCAUGUCUCCAAGACUCGACAGGUCCCCAAAACCUGCCGUGUGGUGUCAUUCACUGCGUUCCAAGUGCGUGGGAACUGUAAAUACUUGCCCAUCCUGCAUGACACAGCAUUCAACAAUUGGGACAGCAUAACUAUUCUGGGAGAUGCCACGUCGGCACAAACUAUGAUGGUGCACUGGAAUGAUCCAGAUGCAGGAAAAUGCAGUGUUGCAAAGUGUUUUUCAAUAGGAGAUAUGACAAGGCUCCUUUUUGUAAGUGGCUCCAAAUCAGCCCUUAGGUCACUCAGCAUCUCAAAAAUGGCAUUGCUGGAUAGAUAUUUAACAGUCCAAAUAUGGUGACACACACAAGGAAAAUUCUGUCUUUCCAUUGUCUGUUAUUGCACCUAUGCCUCCUACUCACCACAAUGACUGCAGCAGUUUAUGUUCAACGCUGUGCCAGUUUGCACCUACCUUUCCAACGUGCUAAAAAUAGACACAAAACAGCGACCACAAUCAGGUCCUUGCGAUAGAUUUUCCAAUGAAGUUGAAUUGAAAUCUUUCAACAUGUGUUAUCAGACACAUUUUAUUUUAACAAAUUGACGAAAAAAACUUUUUGGUACCCAUUCCCAGAUGGGUGUAAUAUGUCGUGAUUUUCCUUAACUUUGCCUGUUUGUUUUUAACAAUAAUUAUUGUGUCUUGGCUUGAGGACCAGAGUAACUACCAUAUCACCAUUUUUUCUCUCUGUCCUGCUAGGUGAUUAUGUUCUGAGGGAUCCAUCUGGUACUCCUCAGGGCAUGGUUAGGGUCAUGAUAAAAUGGAAAUACCCUUUACACACAUCUUUCGACAAUCUAACGGUUAAACAAGGAAGAAAGGACAGAGUAAUGGAAAGCACUGACAGCAGAGAAAGGAAGAAAAAGAAGGCUAAAAUGUCACAGAUGCAAAAAGCCAGGCCAGGGGUUAAGGUAACAUUUAGGGCUCUAUUUUUGUUCCUCGCCGGCGAUGUGGCAUAGGCGCAGCAUAAGUCAGGUCCGCUGCGCGGACAAGGCGUGCCCAAGCACAUUUUUGGUAUUUUGGUGAGCGGCGCAGGCGAGUGUAAGUAUCCCCCUGUUUUCGCCAAUCAGAGCCGCUCCUCUCCUCACCUUUUAAUCCACCACCAGCGAGGGGUAUUACAAUUUUCGUGAAGUAGUCAAAGAGAUCAAGAGAUGUCUGAAGACAGCAAUGCCACACGAUGGCAACAGAAGGCAGCCCCUCAACAAGUGUCGCUGUAAGCGCUGCAGAGGGCAUCCUCCACACUGUCUCAUAUAAGCACAGAUGGAUUUGGUGUGUGUAAGGUUGUACCCACUGGAAAGACAAACACCCUUUUCCACAAAUAAAGACACUCACAUAAAGUUGCAUAUAUUUGAACCUCACAUGACAAAGGUGGGUUGUGUGCACAGAUCACAACAUAAAUUCCAAUAAUGGCAUUAAAAUCAGAACCAUCUGUGCGUAAAUGACGCAUCGCGCUCCAUUGCCUGUCUCUUUCUUACAUUGAUGUUGGCAUAUAAAAUAAAUUUGGCUCACAAAACGGAAUAUUAUAAAAUUCGUAUGUAGGCUUAAAGUAAAUAACUAAUCUGAUCACUGAAACAAAUCAUCUGUUCAGCCGUCGCAGCAGCAGCUGCAGCAGCAGCAGGAUGGGGAGAGGACACGGAGACAUGUCUAGGUCGAGCUGCACGAGAAAUAAGAGGAAGAGGAUGAUAGAAAUAGGGGGGAGACAAAUUAAAUAUCUUGUUCACUUCAUCAUGUGUGUCUAUUUAAUUUAAUUUAAUGAGGUUUCUGCUGUGUUAAUUCGGUCAGGUUGAGUGUCCAAACGCAUGCCAAAUGCGCUCAUCAGAUCAGAUAAAGAUCAGAAUAUAUCUAUAUAGAUCUAAAUGUAUGUGCUGACUCAGAUUAUUAGUUGUUGAUUAUUUAUUGCGCUGAAAUGCGCCUGACACUGUGAAAACCUGCCGGUGAGGCAUCGGUGACGUAUGCACACUACACCAGCGGUCUACCAAAAUACCACUAGACCAGCUGCGCUCCACCUGCGCUGAAAGCUGACCAGGUUUGAAUCCACGAAAAUACCAAACUGGCUGUGCACCGGGCUCCGCCAGACGGAAACACCACUGCGCGGGGUCUGCCACCCUCCUCUGCGUCGCCGGCGGGCAUGAAAAUAGAACCCUUAGUCCUCUUGUUAGAUUGUAAAUCUGUUAGAUUGAUAGAUCUGUAAAUAUAUAGAUGUAUGAUAAAUACAUACAUACUUUAAAAGACUAUAUAUAAAUUUAUUUCUAUUUAUAUGUGUGUGUGUGUGUGUGUGUGUGUGUGUUAUUUUGUUUGGCGGACUGCCAGUACGCAGACAGGAAAAAAUCCAUCAAGACUAUACCAGACAUUGAGCAGGGGAAAACCUAUCUGAAAUCUGACCCAGGACUGGUAUACUUUGCAAGAUGGAGGUAAGCAUUUUUGUAGAUGAUCCACAAAGAAAGAAGUCUUUUUAGAUAAAGCUAUUACAAAAUGUCAUGGUAGGUUUCAUCUUCUCUGAUGUAGCCAUUCAGUUUCCUUCGAAAUUUUAAGUCAGACAAUUGAAUGUGUUAUAGCAGCCAAAACAAUCCUAUUGCUAACACCUUUAACCUUUUUGAAUAUUAAUAUCAAUGGUUUAAUGAUUUAUUUAUCGAAUUUGAUAUGUUAACUGUUAUAUUAACUGCAUGAUGUCUAAUGACCCAUAAAUGUCCUGUUAAAGGGAUAUUCUGGCGUAAAGUUAAGCGAGGGUCAAACACACCAUAACACCAAGUUAGACACCCCCUAGAAAGAUGAAUGUUGCCUACUGCUUGCUUCUCUAGUUAUACCAACUUUAGUAACAAUGACCGCACAAUAGCAAUACACAACGGACUCUGGCUACACACGCGAAUCUCAACCAAAAAGCCACUCUAUAGCCACAAAUAAUGCUUAGAACCACACCUAACUGUGCAGUUGUUACUAAAGUUGGUAUAACUAGAGAAGCAAGCAGUCGGCAACAUUCAUCUCUUGAGGGGGUGUCCAACUCGGUGUUACAGUGUGUUUAACCCUAACUUGAUUUUCACCAGAAUAUCCCCUUCAGCAUAUCAUUUUGUGAUCAAUAUAAAAAAUUUUUUGUAUGUUUAGCUGGGCAAAUGUUGGUUAUGUGGAUUUGUUUUUAGUGGAAACUUAGCAAAGUUUAGCCCAAACUCAUGGAAGCCUAAAGCCGUCACAUCCAUCACAACAUUUAUCUGUUAAGAUUUAUGAUCACACAGUGUGGUUAAAAAUUACAGUUCCAUGUUAUCUAAUCUCAAGAGUCAAGAUACAGUUGGCCAAUCUGCCCAUACUUCUAUAAAUAAUGUUUAUCUGCAUUGUUUCAAAAAAGUGGAGAUAUAUAUGUAAAGCUGUCACUUUUUUGAGACAUGGAAUGUAAUAGGUGAAUGUGAACAAAAUAUGAAAAGCAUUAUUUAAUUAACAUUGAAUUUAGAAUCAACUCUUACCCUUACACAAUGCAGUUUAUCCAGGUUCUUAUUUCACACACAUUGAGAUGUACACUAAAGAUUGGAUUCUUUAAUUUCUUGAUGCUGUAUUGUAUUGCAUUGUUUGUUUUAAAUUAACCAAUUUAAUCUUUGUAUCAUAUUGGCAACCAUGUAUGACAUGUAUCAUCAUGGUUGAGAGGUACUAAAAUACUCCUAUACUCAAAGAAAAAUUAGAUAAAAUUUAUUGAACAACUCUUAAAUCUUAUUGAAGAUCUUCAGAGGGAACUUCUCCCAAAAUGACAAGGAAAAACUAUACCAGCACUUCCAGAGCUAAGGUAAGGGCAAAAUUUGUCUCUCUUGGCAAGUCUUUUAGAGCCCAAUAUGUAACAAAGACCUGAAAUGUAACAACCUAAAAUGUAAUUUAAAAAAUGUAAUAAUAUCCAAAAUGUAAUUAUUGUCCCAAAAUGUAACAAGAUGCAGAACCCAAAAAUUAAUAAAUGUUUGCACAAAUGUAACAUCUUGUUACAUAUUGUUACAUUUUGGGUCCCCUAUUGCAUUUUAGGUUUCAUUACUUUUUAAUAUGAGAUUUCGGGCUUAGCAUUUUUGUUUUUUAAUUAUCAACUAGUUAUUACAUUCUGGGUUGUUGUUGCAUAUUAGAUCCUAACAAGACCAUAGACAUUUGGUGAUUUAAUGGUGUGAUGUAAUGGUGAUUUUAACAGAAAAUAAAGUAUAUUUAGUUAUAAAUGUAUGAUUUUUGAUUGAUGAUAAAAAAAAUAAAAUAAUACAAGAAAUAAAACACACAAAUUAAGAGCUGACUGGUCAGUAUAUUAACCUAUCUCUUCUUUUUAGGAUCAUGCCACAAUGGAGAAAGGAGAGCAAAAAGAGCAGAGCAAGAGCAGUAACUACUCAUAUAAGCACAAUGUCUCAAUAAAAAAUGAAAAUAAUGGUAACAUAAUAUUAUAUUAGUACAAUGAGUCUGACCUCAAACCCUCUGAAUAUAGGUAGCAAAAUAUUUGUGGAACAGGCUAACAGCACAGCCUGUCAAAGUUCAAAUUAAAGGGCUGCACAUUAAAUGUUUUUUUUUUUUCUUACAAUACAGUCUCCUCAGAAGAGAGUGACACUUCAGAAUCUUCUGAGACAAGUUCCACACAAAGCGACAUUAUUGUUAUUCCAGCAAGGCAAAAAAAAAAGAAGGUACAUGAGAAAUGUGUAUUCACAAAGUACGAAAUUGUUCAAUUUAAUUUUCAAUGUAAUUUCUGUAUUACUGUGCAAAUAUUUUUAAAUGAGCUGAGUAUACUAAGACACAUCACUGUGUUUUAUCCACACAAGUAAAGGACAGGUUUUUGUUGUUUUUUUAGGGAAACAAUCUGAGAGUUGAGAUUCUGUCCCUGACGUUUGAACCUUCCUCACAUGUGGUACUGGACAAGAUGGUGCAACGUGUUUAUGUAGAAUAUCGGCUGUUAGGCAUCCCGAUGGAGACAACAGAGACACCAAUGUCCCUCAGUAAGCCAACAAAGGGGGACGAGAUUCACUACAAUUUUGCACGAGGUUUGGAAGUGUGAUGGUUUGGCUUUUCAUUUUUGUAUCUGGAAAGUUUCCAUGACUAAACCCCUUAGCAAAAUCCUAAAUUUGAUUAUUAUAUCCCUUUUAGUGAUUUAUGUAGAUGGUUCACAAGCAGCUCCACUCAGACAGUAUCUGUACACCAUGCUGGAGGGAACCGACCCCAACCAGGGCAGGUAGUGUCACGUGUGUGUCAUUUUGCACAUUAUGCAAAAUCUGGUUUGUUUUUGUAUUUUGUUGUGACCACCCCGGACCACCACACCAAUAAGGAUAUGUCUGUGUUUCUGUAUGGCAGAUUGAAGUUCACAGUUGUUAGUGAGCCAAUGGACAGUGACCAGGAAUGUGUGGAUGUGGGGUACGCCUAUCUGGAUCUUCAGGAACUGCUCCUUACUGGAAAUGAUGCCAUCAAUUAUCAGCUUGACAGUAUGUGUUGUAUUUUUGUGAUUCUUUGUUCAUGUUUCAUGAGAGAAAAAAAAAUGCUAUAUUUUUCUAUAUUAAUAUGUCUUUUUUAUUUUGUUUUAAAUAUUUUUUGCAUCUGUUUGGAAGAGUUUAAAUAUCAAAUUGACAUAUUAUUGAGAAACUAUUUACCACCCAGAAUUGUGGUGGAUGUAAUAAUUAUUAACUGGGAGUGAAAAACCUCAAUAAUAAUGCAUAGUCUCUUAUGCAACUAUACAUAGACUCUAAAAACAAAGACAUGUGCCUGGUACAAAAAAUUCUAUUGCAGGACAAUAGAAGUUAGGAAGUCAUUAAUUACUGGAAAUAUCUUUCAGCUCUCUUGUAGAUUUAGCAAGUGGAGAAUGACUUUAUAGUCUCUUUGACUAGGUAUACAAUACUUCUUUUUUUUUAAAUUCUGUCUCCCCCUGUGCCUUUGUUUUCCCCAGUUGUGCGUGUAGAUGAAGAAACAGAGGUGAUUGGAAACCUAAAGGUAUCUCUGGAAGCAGCAAAAACUCUAACUAGGAUACAUCAAGAAUUUUGUAAAAAUAACCAGAUCAAAAACAAAGUCAAGAUAAAUGGAGAAGAAAGAGAGGAGGAGAAGAGACAAGAGAAGAACAGGAAAAAAGACAAGAACAAGCACCAAAUCCAAUUGAUAGAUUAUGAUUCUGAUAAUGACUUAGAAGGUUAGCAAUGCACUGGACCUUUUUGGUAGAUAUGCACAACAUUUCUCCUGGAUUUUAUGACAAAUGAUCUUUUCUCUACUGUAAAUUUGGAGAGAGUUCUGUGUAUUCUGUAAGGAGUAAAACAAAGUGAAUAUAAGUUGAAUAAUUGUUUGUUAAAAGUUAUCUAUUAGAGCUAACUUGUGACUAUGACAUUUUUCUUAAUGACUCAGAUCUACUCUGUUCAUAUUAAAGAAAAAAAAAAAGGAUUGUACAGGUACUUUAAAGUUCCCAAAUACAUAGAAAGAGCCUAUUUCCAAAUUUAUAUAUCUUGGAAAUAGAAUAACCUCAGUAUUAUUAGGAAAACUUGCAGAGAUAAAAAAGAAUUAGUUACUAGGCAUACAAUUUCAGCUGACAGAGCUUAAUUUUCAUUGCAGAAUUUACACUUACGCAUCCAUCAAUUGAUUGUUACCUAUGGGUGGUUGAUAAAUGUCAGUAAUAAAACCAAUACCAAAAAUGUUGGCAAAAAUGUUACUGUAUUUUUUUUAAGGAAUACAGGCAAGUGUGAACUCUUGGAAAAGGGAUAAGAGUUUCAGGAUUGCUGGCAAGAUUUAGUCAUUUUGAUACAGGAACGACUUAGGCCCGCUGAGUUUCAACAUCCUCUGUGUGUGUCAUGAAAUUUUGACAUAAAACAUAGUAAUUACCAGCCAUACAAAGUAUGAAUCGAAGUCCAUAAAAUUGUAAAAGUCACUCUUCUACUGUUAGUAGUGUAUUUGUAUAAUAAUAGUAGUUUAAGGAUAAUUCUAGGGCAUUGUUAGAGUGGUUGGGAAGUGCAAUUCAAAAUGAGACACUUAAAUGAGCCCCUGUCCUCUGGCAAUGGGGCCCUUUUAUUUUGGAGAACAUUUUUACAUUACAAGAUAGAAUCAGCUUGUCCUAGGGGCAGGCAAAUCAUUGUGUAUAGAACCUCCUAGCAGGUUGUAUACAGAAAAGUUAAAAAAAGAUCUUGGAUAAAUGAGGAAGGACAUAAACUCUCCCUUUAUGCUGAUGACAAUAUAGUUAACCAUGUAUUGGUUCAUUAUAUGUGAUGAAUUAGACACAGGGGCAGGCUGGUGUCAGGGAGAUUUGAGGCCCCUCUGUUACAGUGGCUGCAGCAUUAUUCUUUUUUUUUUACCCCAUAAAACAGAGCUGCAUUGACCGCAGCAGCCUACCUUAAAAGCCAGGACUGCAGAUAACACAGAUAACACUGGGUCAAUCCAAUAUUUUGCAUACAGGGGGGAUACGAGCAUAGACAUAAAAUAUGUAUAUUGUGUUUAUGGAUAUGAGCGGCCCCUCCCAAUUCGAGCUGAUCCUUGUUUUUAUCAGAAAUGAAAUGUGAUUGGCUCAACUGCUCAGUCAGCCAUUUAAGUGUUGUUUUCCUGUUAAAGAAAGAAUGAAAGAAAGAAAAAGGAACUGGAUAGUUUAGAAAGUAUGGCAAAAAGAAAUAAGUCAGAAAAAAGAAAUGGGUGGGGCAGAGAAACUAUGGGCCAAAAAAACAAAGAAAUGAGUACAGGAUGCAGCCAAAUUUGCAAAACUGACUUAAAUGAGCACCACGGCCACAGCAGGUUAGCAGACAUGGCCCUGUCAUCCAAGACUUCGCAUACAGGUUUCUGUUUUUGGAUGUGUUCAGGGCACACAGAACAUCAGAGGUAGCCUAUCAUCAAUGUUAAACCAUACAUGCAUAAAUCAUCAAUCUACUCUAUCAAUAGGAAAUAAAAUCCAUACUGGCUGAGCCAGAAAAUGCACGAAUUUCUUUAACGCAACAAAUGUGUCAGUAGAGAGUUUUUGUUCAAGGGUUAACGGAUAAUAUUUGAAUACAGGCUAGGCAUCCCGUUUUCCUGUUCUGUUUCUACCUUAAUAUACAGCCAUUUUACCAGCUCAAGAGAAAUACAUGACAGUGAGUAAUUAAUUUACUGUGUGUGUGUGACUUUUCUUAUGUUGAAUGAAUUUUAUAUUGUAUUUGUGUUCUAACACUGAAUUCUUUGCAAAAGUGCUAUAAAGUUUAUCAUUGUUGCUGUUAUUGUUAUUAUCAGCUGAUAAGGCCAGUGUCAGUCAGGAUAAUGCAAGUCAAAGAAGUGAGGAGGAGGAAGAGACAG